UCAGGGAACGCAGGCGGGAAUUGGCCGUUGGGCGGCUGCGGUUGAGUGGCUUCGUCCCUUCAGCGCAUCCAAAGGGAAAGGAGGAGUCGGGACGCCCUUACUCUCUUUGGGGAGGUGUGUGGGGUGUCGGACCUCAGGGCCCCCACACAGGUUAAGGGAAGGAGGAAGGAUUAGUUUAUUUUCUCUCUCUCUCUCUUUCUAGAUAUUUGAUUAUUUGGAUUUCUGUUGACUUUUAGAAGUAAGUGGAUGGGAUUUUUUUUAAAUGUGUUUCUCUUUCCUCAUGGUUUUAAUGUAUCUAAGUGGGCUUUAUUGUCUGUCUGGUUGUAAGUGGUUUAGGGUUGCCGUGGGCAGGAUCAUUAUACUGUAAAUCGCCCUGUGCUCCUCAAUUAAUUAAUCAAUAAUAAACAACGGGCAACUUUGAUAAAUAAUAAAUAAAUAAUUUCUAUCUCACACACUUUCAGCAUAAAUUUAUGUUUUAACAGGGUGAAUGGUAAGAGUAGUUUCAGGGGGUGGGGCCAGAGGAAGAAAAGGAACAAAAUAAACUCUGACCUUUCCUUUUUAAACAGAAAGAAGCUCCGGUUGUGUGCACUUGUCACAUAUGCGAUGACAAGUAUUACUACGAGUGUUCAUUUGUUAAGGUUUCGUUUUUGUUUUAAGUGUAAGUAAAGGUAAAGGGACCCCUGACCAUUAGGUCUAGUCGUGGCCGACUCUGGGGUUGCGGCGCUCAUCUCGCUUUACUGGCCGAGGGAGCCGGCGUACAGCUUCUGGGUCAUGUGGCCAGCAUGACUAAGCCACUUCUGGUGAACCAGAGCAGCACAUGGAAACGGUGUUUACCUUCCCGCCGGAGCGGUACCUAUUUAUCUACUUGCAUUUUGACGUGCUUUCGAACUGCCAGGUUGGCAGGAGCAGGGACCGAGCAACGGGAGCUCAUCCCGUUGUGGGGAUUCAAACCACCGACCUUCUGAUCGGCAAGUCCUAGGCUCUGUGGUUUAACCCACAGUGCCACCUGCGUCCCUUCUGUUUUAAGUGUACCUGGUUAUAAUUGUUUCAUCUGUAAAUUGCCUUGAGAUGGUGAUUUAUAAGGUGAUUAAUAAAUCAAUAAUAAUAGUUCCUACUGAGAAAACAGACCUACUGAAAAUAAUGAGCAUAACUUACUUAGAUCUGUUAUUUUCAGUGGGUGUCCUCAGUGUAGAACUUAGCUGAAUACAACCAAAUCCUUUAAAAUAAAGCACACUACAUGUGUUCCAGGGUUGCAAACAGAAUACAGUCGUACCUUGGAAGUCGAACGGAACUUCAAAACGUUCAGAAACCAAAGCGCAGCUUCCAAUUGGCUGCAGGAAACUCCUGCAGCCAAUUUGAAGCCGCGGAAGCCCUGUCGGACAUUUGGGUUCCAAAGAAUGUUUGCAAACCGGAACACUCACAGGUUUGCAGUAUUUGGGAGCCAAAAGGUCUGAGUACCAAUGAGUUCAGGAGCCAAGGUAUGACUGUAGUGAGAAAGAGAGAAGUGCAAUUUAAAAAUAAUGUUCAUAAUAAAAAAUACUUGCAUUACAUGUCAGUCUUCUUUUUAAAAAAUAAUCAUAAUAAUUUCAUUGCAUAUCAGUGCAAUUUAAAUAUGAUUAUCCUAUACCACUGUUUCUAUGUCCUGCUAAAUAAAUAAAUAAAUAAAUGAUGGUGAUAAAUAAUAAUAAUAAUAGAAAAAUAUUAUUAUGACCUUCCUUUUUCAAAAAUCCUUUAAAGUAGAGAUUUUUAUCCCAGUCUGUGUCUGUCUUGGAUUUGAAAUUGUUUUUACUGAUGAUUUAUUAUUGGUGUUUUUAUUGUUACUUUCUUCAAGGUGUUUCAUGGAAAGCUAUUCAUAAAUGAAAUGCAAUAAUAAUGCACACUAAUGUAGCAAAUUAAAACAACAAAUUCAAGCAGCAGCAGCAGCCCUAUUUUCUACCCAACUUUCUUGGUAAUCCAGAAAAGAUGAGGAACCCCACCCACAGGGGAGAAUGAACUAAAGCUCCCGCUGAACUGAGUCAGGUUUACCUGAGUAUAGUAUAGCACAGUUAAGAAUCUACAAUGCAAUCUACAGUGCAUGUCUAUUCAGGAGUAAGAACCAUGGAGUGCAAGGAAUUUAUUGUCAAUAUGCGAGUAUAGGAUUGCAAGCCUUUCAUGACAGACGUUUCAUUGGUGAACAGACAGCAUGCUAAGAGCUCGAGGCUGGUGUCUAGUUCCCAAUUUCUUAUGUAAAAAAUUUAAAUAGAGCAGCAUGAUUAAAAGAAGCAGUUCUUUUUAAGGAUAGUAAAUAAGCUGCCUCAAUAAGGUACUUGUUCUGCACACCAAUAUAAUCACAGGGCUACCCUAUUUCAUACAUCACAAUGACCAGAAGCAACAGCAUUUUCUCUGUUUAAAAGUGUUGUUUUUGCACAAGGGACUUUAAUAUUUAAUAUUUCAUUCAUGCCACACAUGAAUGAAAAACUGGGGAUUUCCCACCCCAGAAUAAGUGAAAACAUGCAAUACAAGAGGGAAACUGCCCUGUAUGAAGCACAAGAGGGAAACUGCCCUGUAUGAAGCACAAUAACAUCAUGUCCAUUCCAACACUGUUUUGAUACAAGAUGCUGUUAAACAUAGCACCCCUAUGCUAAUAAUACACAUAUAAAUGAAUAAAGAACUGGAGGUGUGCAGCCCCAAAUAAGCUUUGGGCCACUGCAAAUCCUACUCACACACACUCCAAAAAAAGCUUCCUCUAGGAAAUGCCUUUGUAUCACAUGUGGCCCAAUGCUUCUUGAAGAAUGAUUGGGAUAAAGAUGUAAUAAAUAAUCUGCCCUUCUUUCAAGUGCCACAUUGUUGGGGGAGGCUGUUCAUGUUUCCCAGCUUCUUCAACCUCUCUGCUUUGAGCGUUUCAUGUCUUCCAUAUUUUGGAGACAAUCUACUUCUAGGAGUGUGUGGGAUUGUGAAGUACAAUAUGGUGAUAGUUGUCCAACAUCAUAUGGAUAUGAAAACAAAGUUCUGUCUGAAGUUACAUUGGCUUGUUUUAUAAAGCAUCAUCAAAAAGACAGCUCUUAAAAAAAUAAGCUACUCUGAGUGAUGUGUCUUUUAAUGAUGCUUUCAGUAAACAAGGAUAAAGAGCAGUAUCAAACCAGUCUGAAGUAUUUAACCACCAACCACAAUGUUAAAUAGCUAGGAAAGAAAAAGUGAAGAUGAAAGAAAGAUAAUAUGUGGGCAGAUUAAACAAAUCAAUGAAGCUGUUUGCAGGAUAUGUAGGAUUAUGAGUAUUAAAAUCUAGGUGAAAUAAAUUAGAGCAUGUAUGACAAAAGGGUUUUUGUCAACUGAGCUCUACUCAGCAGGGCUUUUUUUCAGCCGGAAGUUGCCAGAACACAGUUCUUGCACCUCUCAGGUGAGCACCUUUUCCAUUCUAAGAGAACAAGGGAGGUGUUCAUUGUAAGUUCCAUCAUCUCUUUUUCUAGAAAAAUAGCACUGCUACUCAGAGUAAACCCAUUGAAAUUAAUGCAUCUAAGUUACUUUUGUCCAUUAUUUUCAAUAGUUCUACACUGAGUGGGAUUAGCAUUGGCUAAAACCCCCAAAAUUAGUCUUUUUUUGAAUUUUCUUUUUCAUCUCAGCCUCACAAUGUUAGUUUUGUUAGUUAUACAAGUGUUUAAGAAGCUAGUUAAAAUAAUACAUGUGCUAUUCUUACCUUAUAAAGAACCCAUUGUUUCCAAGUGUUGCAGAGAGAUUAAAAGAUAAUUCAGUCCUUGCCUGCAAACUCACAAUCUAAUAGACAUGUAUGAAAAAUAAUGGGUAGGGGAAAGGAAAGAAGCAAAUUUAGGCACCAGUUCUUGAUGUUCUUGUUCUCUCAGCAUUAAUACUAUAUUUCAGGCAUGUCCAACAGGUCAAUAGUGAUCUACUGGUUGAUCCCGGGGUGUUUCUGGUCAAUCUGUGGAGUUGGACGUCCCUGCUGUAUUUGAUCUGGAAAACUGAGCCUCCCCGCCUUUACAUUCACACAAAUAAGAAGCCUUUGGCAGAGACCAAUUGGCUGUGCACACUCAGGGCAACUGGCAGUUGGAGCUGAGUGUUAUUUCUGCCAGAGAGGACAGAAGCAAGCUCUGUGCCGCUUCUCCUUCUGCAGCCAAUGAAUUGGGCCACAUUCAUUUCUCUUUUGCCAUGAUGUGCUUCCUAGGAGAGGGGACACGGGUGGCACUUAUGUCUAAACCACCGAGCAUCUUGGGCUUGCUGAUCAGAAGGUUGGUAGUUCAAAUCUGCACGACAGGGUGAGCUCCUGUUGCUCUGUCCCAGCUUCUGCCAACCUAGCAGUUUAAAAGCAUACCAGUGCAAGUAGAUAAAUAGGUACCUCUGCCAUGGGAAGGGAAACAGCAUUUCUGUAUACUCUGGCUUCCGUCAUGGUGUUCUGUUGCGCCAGAAGUGGUUUAGUCAUGCUGGCCACAUGACCCAGAAAGCAGUCUGUGGACAAACACUGGCUUCCUUGGUCUGAAGUGAGAUGAGUGCCACACCCCAUAGUCGCCUUUGACUGAACCUAACCGUCCAGAGGUCAUUUACCUUUUGCCUUACCUGCUUCCUAGGAGUCAAGAGGUAUGGUCUUCCCUGGCCAUUGGAUCCCUGACUGGUGGCAGAGGUUAAAGUGUACUUUCCUUUCCUUCUGCAGACUCAUAGCAGCAGAGAAUGUUAGGGAGAAGUACCUUAGCGUAGCAGUUUAAUAAACAAUGGCCUUAGUUUUAAGUUAGCUUUGGGCAAUAUGACUGGUUGCUUUGAAGAGCCUACAGCAGAGACCAUAUGAGUCAUCAAAAGGUGCAUGCUUUAUAUAUCAAGUGAACUAAAAUUAAUGUUGUGAUCUGCUUUUUGUUACUGUCCAAAUGAGAUGGCAGAUAGUAGAUGUGCUUUAGCAACAGAAACAGUUUGAACUGCCUUUAGGUAUUCUUGGAAAGGCAAUGUGUUAUGUUGCCUCCUAUUUUGCUGAAACAGUUAAGGAGAAAACAGUCCUGAUGUUUGCCAUUCAUGUUUAUAACUGUAAUAGGCAGGCAACUGACAAUACUCUUCCUCAAGAAAGUAGUUGUAGGUGGAGGAAUCUCUAAGGUAGUUUGCUUCUUUGGCUGGUUUUCUUAUCCUACAACUCUAACAGAAACUGUUCAUAUAAGCUAAAGUGUUUCUGCACUAGUGGGGGUGGGGUGGGAAACCACAGCUUCCUGAAAGCAAACUGAGGACGUGGUAAGUAAGCAAAGAUAGAAGGCAUGAAAUUUGAGUUAGCUCUGGCUGCCUAGGCAAGUUGCACUGAGGGACGUGUGCACUAGUGGCUUUCCUUAUUAUUUUUUGGUUUAUCCUCAUUUUUAAAGUUCAUUUUGUAAGUCACUUUGAGUUUCACUUUUUGAAAGAACAGUUAAAAAUAAGGAUGAAGAAUGAGAAUUGUAAAAGCUCUGAAAGAAAGUUUCUUUAAUGUUCAUUUAACAUAACCAGUAAUUAAGAUCUGUAGAUUACAUUUGAGCAGCUAUAUGAAUAUUUUUAUGCCCUUGGAAACGAUUUAAAGAGGAUCUUGUGUUUGUCUGCUUGUAGCUUUUCACCUAAUACUAUGCAGCAUUCUGUGCAAUAAGGAAAGGCCAGCCACAAAGAGCACCACUUAGAAAGAGACUGUUGUCUUCAUCUCGAACUCGGAGUCCAAUGUCUACUGUGAGUUCAAGCAGUAGGUCACCAUCUCCGUUGAGCAGACGAGGUAUUCCAGCUACUUAUCUGACAAAGGGGAAAAGGCGUCAAGGAAAUGCACCUGAAGAAAGUGAUACAGGAAUUCCCUCUGAAUCUUCAGUUGGACAAGGUAUAGUAGUUAAUAGCAUUUUAAACUAUACAUUUUUUACAUUUAGAUCUAGACAUAUGCCCGGAUUUGAUUUUAUUUUGGUGGGGGAACAAUAGAAUAUGGCUUUUGAACUAGCUUUUAUUUCUUGAUUGUUUGAUAACUAUGUAUUCCACUAUAGAGCACGGUAUUUCCAGGCACCUCAACAAAUUAUAAAAAUAAAAACAGUAAUACCAAGAUAAAAUUUCAUAUAAUAAUAACACAGGGAAAAAAGAGUUCAAGACAGGAAAUAACACAAUGCCUUGUUUCACCUGGCAUGAAAAUGACAUCAACAGAAGGUACCAGGUGAUGCUCCCUAGGAAGAGCAUUCCAGAAACUAAUAUCUAUUUAGAGCAUUUUGUAGAUAAUAAGAGCACAACAUGUUCUCAGGCAGGUGCAGCUGAGUGUGUUUAGAGGUGCCAGAGGGCCCACUAGAGAGUUCUUUUGUUCAGAACCGGAGGUCCUUCUCCAUGUGCCCCAUCCAAAAGAAGGUCAGAGGUUGGUGACACAGGAGAGGAGCUUUUCAGUUGUCCCAGCACACCUUGCCCAAAACUAUGGCAUGUUUUAAUGUGGCAGCAAAAAGUUGUUGAAGUCAGCACCAGGCAGGGCACACUGAGAAUAACAUGGUUGGUGGAAGGACCCUGAGAGAGUGACUGGGAGAAGAAAGGAAAGAGGUGGGAGGGUCCACCACUUUCUGUGUGAGACAAGAGUUAAGAGCUACCUUUGAGAGAGGACUUUCUCUAUUUUUGUUUUUGUUAGAUUAAUUUCUUUUAUCUUGCUGUAUUAUUUGGAACUCUGUCCCUACUCUCCACAUUAAUGGAUGGUGGAGAAGUUAGCAUAGUGCUUAUAGAGAGGAGCAAUGCUGGGUAGUUGGACUUGCCAUGGUGGAGAACUUAGCUGCACCCAUGUGGGUAGUAAGCUGCAGGCAGCAGUUUUCCCAGCAGCAAUAAUUCACAGAAAGCUCUGAAAGGGGGCAUUCUAGGCCAAAGACAAAGACUGGCAGCUUUGGAACAUAGGAUCUGGGUAUGUUCAUGUUGGGAUAAGUGUUCUGUCAGGGUAUGCCUGCUUGGUUUCAGUUGGGAGUGAAAUCUAAGCAUUAGGCCGAAAGGUUUCAUGGAAAAGUAAUUUUUAAGAAUGCCUUUAAAGUAAGAGAUGUUCAGGAAGAGAGUUCAGGAGAAGAAGUGAGGGGAAAUAGAAGGAACCAUAAAAAAUAGAAAAAGAAUUAUUGAAAGAUAAUACCCUUCUUUGAAAAGACAAUUACUGAACUUUUAAAACAGGGAUGGAGAACCUGUGGCCCUCCAGAUGUUUUGCCCUGCAGCUACUAUCACCCCUGACUUUUGACCAUACUAGCUGGGGCUAGUAGGAAUCGGAGUCUAAUGAUAUCUGGAGAGCUACAUGUUAGGCACUCCUAUUGUAAAGAGACAUGAUAAUGGAAAGCAAAGGGGACAAAUGGCAAGUUUGAUGGUCAAUAAACAUAGACCAUUAUGAGGUUCAUGAUGGAAGUGUCAGUAUCCUAAGUUAUUAGCUCAGUGAUAGAAACAACUCACUAAUAGGUUUGCUUUGUCAUACUACAUAUUUUAUGAACAUGCUAAAAGCACUUUUUAAUGCAAUCAGAUAUUUUGUCCUUUAUGACAAAACUUUCAGUUGAAUGCUUUUCUUUCUAUUAUUGUAUUGUCACACACAGCAACACCUUAUUGUUCAUUUCAGAUGACAACUUUAUCAGUCCAGGUAUCAGAUACAUAACUGAGACUCUUAUCAAGAAGCUGUCCAAACAGGAAAAUCUGGCACGCGUAACUACUCUAAAUCUUUCCCUUGCCAAAGAUGGGGGAAAGAAGUUUAAGGUAUAAUGUUUAUUAUUAUUUUUCCUCUCACCUUUCCCCCUGAUGGAACUCAGGGGAAUGUCACACUUGUGUCUAUUCACCUAGAACAAAAAAAUUGCUGCAUAUAGAGCUACCACUGCACAUUCCAAUUUGCCUACAAAAACUACCCAUAGAGUCCUUGACUUUAUAUCAUGCCUUUUAAAAAGUAUACAGUCGAAUUUUUUAUACUAUAUAUUGCUGGUACUCCCUGUUCCAAUGACUUGCUUCUGGGGCUAUUUAUCAAGGCAAAUUAUCCAGACCAGAAGAAGUGAAUUCCCUAGCUUAGAGGUUUUAUCUAAAAGCAAUAACCUUUCUACAGCCCAGGCAAGGGUGGAAAACCAGGCUCUCCAGAAUUUAUAUCGAGUAGUCAAUGCAGAGCAUUCAUACAAAUUGCAAAUCACAGAGGCUGAUGUUCUACACCUUUAUUUCCUUCUGUGCCUGAAGAGAGUAGUGUAAACAAAAAGACUCCUAGUGAGUUCACUUGGCUGGAUCCCAUUCUGAGAGGGCAGGAGGCUCCCCAAAUAAGUCCUGACACCAUUUUAAUAAACUAAAUACAAUAGCAUAUUUCACAUUUCAUUGUAGACCAGGAGUUGCUAGUAUGCCCUAUAUAUGUGGGACUAAAACUCCCAUCAGCCCCAGCCAGCGUGGCCAAUGGUAAGGGAUAAUGGGAACAUCUAGAGGAGGUACCAUGUUGGCUAUCUCUGCAGUAAAUCAUAGUUAAUGGUUUACCCUGAAUAUUGUUUCCCACUAGCACAUGGAGAAAACAAAAUAAACCCGUGACUUAGCAUUAUGUCCCUGAUUAAAGGACCCCAGUCAGUAAACCAAGAACAAACCAUGGCUCCAGUUCCUGAUUUUGGGGGUAGUGUAACAAAGCAUCAUCCCUGAUUUGAAUGUAAAGCUACACCAGCAAUUUGUUUCUUUCUAGCAUGAGUUGGAAAGAGCAAAAAUUGGCCAAGAUCAGCACAUUCACAGCAAAUCAUUGACUAUAGUUUACCAGGAAGUGUGAAUAAGACAAUUGGAAGAAAAAAUAAAAUGUGGUGUCCUGUUGAAGGGAAUUAGGCACAGCUUAAAAUAACUUUAAUUCAUUGAGUUAAUUUGCUUAAAAUGAUGAGUAACCACAUGGGUGUAGCCAAAGGUUUGUAGGGGAGGGAAGGUGCCCCUGCCCCAAUUCAAAUAAGUAAAUAAAAAUAUUUAACUAACCAAUUGCAUCACAAAUAACUUGGUUCUGUGCCCCCCUCCAACAUAAAGUCUGCCACCCUAAAAUAAAUCGUGGCUAUGCCCAAAGGUAAGCAGAAAACCUAGUAAUGAUGUCUUUCUUUGCAAUUUCUUUCUCAGUAUCAGAGUGAGAUAAAGCUGGUUUUUUACAACCGUUUUACAUCUCUGAAUUUGGCCACUUGAGAAGCUGCCUCCAAAUAUUUAAGAUGCUCAAAAUAAGUUUUUAAAUGCCUCUUGGGUUAAACUUAAAAAAAAAUUCAAAAUCAGUUGGUACAAUUACACUCGAUUAUUAAUCUCAGUUGAUAGCAUGAUUAAUUGUUUGUCAGCAUGGCUCUGAAAAAUAGAAGGCUACUGUUUUAUCUCACUGUCAACACUAUUCUAGUAGUUUUAUAUCUUGUGUAUAUUUUCAGUACCUAGAAAAUCUCGAGAAGUGUGGUAAACUCGAGGUCCUCAAUCUCAGUAACAAUCUGAUUGAGAAGAUUGAAAAACUAGACAAACUUUUAAAGCUACGUGACCUCAAUCUAUCAUUCAACAAAAUAUGGUAAGCAAGAUUAUAGCAAAAUACUGUUUUCUUAGUAUGGUGCAUUAAAAGAUUCAUUGUUGCAAAAUGUUGCUACAUUGGGAUUGUGAACCAUGAAACAGGAACAGCUUCCACCAAAGAGAGAACUAAAAAUAACCCAGGCUGUAGGAGUCUGUAGCUCUAGUGCUUUUGUUUUGGUCCUGGUACUUUUUUAGCAAAGCAGCUUUCAUAAUUUGAUGGAGAAAUGGCAUCAAGGUAUUAAAAUCCUUCGUGAUUGUAGAGGUAGAACAUGGGAAGCUGUCUUAUGCCACAUUCUAUACCACAUUGGUUGUGUUCUUGCUCACUCUGGAUAUGUAAGUUAUACCUUGGAAGUCGUACAGAAUCCAUUCUGGAAGUCCAUUUGACUUCCAAAACAUUCAAAAACCAAAGCGUAGCUUCCAAUGUGUUAUUGUGGGGUCCAAAGUCCCCAUGGCCCCUAGGAAUUGGCUCCUUUAGUGGUCAGUGGACUAGGGGGACUAGGCUAGUCCCCUAAAUGUUCCCCUGGUGCCUCCUUCCCAAAACCUGGGAAUCUUCUGCAUGGCUUAGGGAGGGAGGCGCAGUGCUCACAUACAUGAUGUCCUCCCCACAAUUACUCUCUCAAGCUGGCACCUCUGACCUUACUGUUGCCCUACAGAAAAUUUUGCUGCAUGCCACUGCUUUGAAAUACCCAGCCAGAUGGGCAGGGUAUAAAUAAUAAAUUGUUUGUUUGUUUGUUUGUAGGUCAGAGCGAGAACAUAGAUUUGCAGACCAGGUAUUAUCAAGUGUCUGUAUUUAAAAUGACAGGCUGCAAUCCUAACCCCAUUUACCUAGGUGUAAGCAUCAUGGAAUAGGAUUGCACAGUUAGCUCUGUGAAGUUAAGUUGCCUAAACCUGAAUGCUACCAUUUAACUAUCUUUUUGGAUCAGGCUGCCCAUUGAUUUCUACACACUACAUUUGAUGUAACUUCCUCACUUGGUGAAACAGCUUUUCUAUGAUGAAAUGUGGAUUAGAGCAAUGAGUUGUGUGGAUUUUUUUAAAAAAAACAACAACACCAAGGCAUAACAACGCAGGCAUGAUAAACCUUUUCAAACGAAAGCAGAGAAGGGCACAAGCAAUUUCCCUCCUACCAUAUGCUGAUUAGAAUGGUAUAGUUUUUGGAGCGUAAAAUAGAACCUUUCCAAACAGUCAAUAGUAUUUACAAUAAUAUUUUGAUGAAGUUUUGCUUAACAUUCCUGAAAAUCCCCAACAAUAUUGCAACAGUUUUCUGAUUUCAGAAAUUUUAUUUACUGGCAGAGUAUCUUGAUAGCUAUCGUUUGUCCUCCCUAAAUAUAUGUUUUAUUCUAUAUUUGUUUUAAAAUGGCAAAAUGAAAACAGUUAUGCAAACACCAAACCAGGUAUCAAGCCGAAAAGCUGCAUAUAGUUUUGGAGGAACUCAGUUUACAUGAAAUAAUCAUUUAUCAAACAUCUAUUGUUAUUGCAUCUUAUUCUUUCUUGUGCUUGCUGUAAAUUUAAUUCCUCAAAGCUUUUUGGCUUGGAGUCUCAUUUUCUGCUUGUAGACUAAACAAAACAUACAGAUGCAGAGCACUAGGAUUCCAUGACUCCAAACCCAAAGGUUUAGGAAGAAAUAGUAGAAUAUUCAACAGGUCUCCAGUGUUUGUGGCUAAGCCUUUUAAAAAACUAUGAAGCCAGAUGUGAGCACGUAUGAGAGUUGUUCCUGGUUUUAGAAGUCAUGGUUUGAAAAUGUUCCCUGUGUCCUAGGAGAAACUUAAAGGUAUACAGAUGUUGUUCAUCUUAUAAUAUAUAACUUCAAUAUUUCUCUCUGUUCACCAGUAAAAUAGAAGGUAUUGAACAUCUACAGAAUUUACAGAAGCUGAACCUUGCUGGGAAUGAGAUUGAGCACAUCCCAGCAUGGGUAGGGAAGAAACUCAGGUCCUUGCGCAUCCUGAAUUUGAGAAAAAACAAAAUAUCAUCAGUAAGUGAUUUCAACUUAGAGCGAUGCUUGCAGAACACUCCUUGUUUUUGGAUUUUAGUUGUUGUCUGCUUACUUCUUUCUUUAAGCCUUUUCCUUAAGAUAACACUUAUAGACAUUUGAAAAUCGCUGUCUCUGUAGAAGAUUGAUAAUAACCAUGUGUACCAGUUAGCUAUAUUUAAUUAUUAUUUCUUUACUUUUAAAGAAUGAGCCUUCCAAGCACAUGUGAAUGCUUUCAUCUGGUGACAAAUCACAGAAAUACAUGAUUUUAAAGGAAGAUAAGAUGAAGUAGGGUACAUUUCUCAUGUGAUGAAAUGUAAAGAGGACUAGAAAAUGAGAGACAAUCAUAUAGUUCCAGCAAUUUUUCCAUAAAGCCUAGAGCAAGUGUCAGUGUGAGGAUUUCCCCCCAGAGAUUCCCACUGUAUGAUGAUUAGAAUUAUAUGUUGACAUAUGCUAAGGCAGUAGCUUGCAAAACUAUUUUCCAGAAGGCCUUUGGAGCUUUUCAGGAGUUCUUCAGUGAGAAGAUUAGUAAUUCUGGCUGAGUGCCCCUGAUAGGCACAUGGCUCUCCAGUGGCACUCUCUCCAGCAAUGCGCAGCUGGAGGAGAGUGGGUGUGUUCUCCAUCCAAGUGGAGCAACAAUAAGGUUGUAUACAUCAGUUCCCUGUAUGAGCUUAGUGACUGUCCUAGAAUUUAUCAUAGAGUGGAGCACUGAGAUUCCAUGACAGUCACCUUAGAAUGCCCCAGCAGACACAAUAUGCUAAAGGAUUCCUGAAGUUUUUUUUUAACCUAUUGAACUGAGGCCUUUUGUCUUCAUUCAGGUCCAUGUGUCACAGAUGUUGGGAUCCUUUGACCAUCAGCCCCAGCGAGCAUGGCCAGUGGGUAGGGAUGAGGGGAGUUGCAGUUCAGCAAAAUCUGGAGGGUCAAAGGUUCCCCACACCUGAUAUAUUUUCUCCAUUUUAACUAGGGCUGAGUCAAAACUAUUCAGUUUUGCUUUAAGUUUUGGAUGUGCUUCAUUGAAUUAUUUAAGCUUAAGACCUUCACAAAGUUUCUUGCACCAUUAGAAACAGCCCUUGGAGGCAUUUUGUACAACACUCUGAACAAUACUUGUGUUUAGGACUUGGAUGAAAACUCGAGAAACAGUUCUGAUGGGGGGGCAUAUCUCUUCAUGGAAAGAUACGCCCUUGUUGGGAACACAUGUUUCAGCACUCAAAUGAAAUCUCCUAACAUUUUGACUCAGGAGCUCUGGUGUUUUUUUGCCUUUGUGUAACACUGUUAAUGCCUUGUUAUCACUGACACAGUAUGAUUUCACUGGUCUGGGUUCAGUUUUAACAUAAAUAAUUGACUUAAUAUUUUAUGUUAGAUUAUGUGUCUAUAAGCAGAAAAUGGAAUAUGUUUCAUGCUUCAAAGAAUAUCUAAUGCUUGUACCUCCCCUCCUUUCUUUCAGCUCCAUGAGGUAGCUAAACUGAAGUCUCUUAAAGACUUGACUUCUCUGUUUCUGGCAGACAAUCCUGUUGUAAACCUUCCUCAUUAUCGUCUGUAUACCAUAUUCCAUUUGAGGUCACUGGAAGAUCUUGAGGGACAGCCAGUGACAAACCAUGACAGAGAAGAAGCUCUUGAGAGGUUUAAUUUAGGUAAAUAUGAUAAUCAUAGGAUUAUAAAACAACAGUUCUAGCUAAUACAUGUCUACUCAGAAGUAAUUCCUGUUGAGAUCUUACAUGAUGAGGGGCUGGAAGAAUAAAGGAAAGCUCUCAGCUGAAAGCUGGGAGGGUCCACCACUUUCUAUGUAAGACAGGUAUUAAGAGCUACCUGUGAGAGAGGACUCUGCAUGUUCAUUUUCUUUAGUUUAUUUUUUAACUUGUAUUGUAUGGUUCGCCAGAAGCAGCUUAGUCAUGCUGGCCACAUGACCCAGAAGCGGAACACCAGCUCCCUCGGCCAGUAAAGUGAGAUGAGCACCGCAACCCCAGAGUCGUCCAUGACUGGACCUAACAGUCAGGGGUCCAUUUAACUUUACCUAUUAUAAGUACAGUAAAAAUGUUUUAAAUCUUGCCAAAAAAAGGAAAGUGAGAAAGCCAUAAUAAACAUGAGUAACAACAAUUGCUUGGGAAGCCAUGAUUGGAUGUGACUCUUUUUAUUGUCUUCUUGACAGCACACAUGGGUAGUUUGUAAAGUGACCUAAGAUUCAAAAUAUAUAGGCAGUAGAUAUAAUUUUACUUUGGGAGUAUCACAUCUACGAAAAGCACAAGGCAUGUUCAGGCAUUCACUUGAGCAUGUGAAUCUGAAUCUUUAAAUGAAAGGGUGGAUCUGAACACAAAUCCUGCCUCCAAUGUCCCUACCACGUGUGGCCCUGCCUCAUAAGUCCCCAAUGUUCUCUAUGUUGAGCAGAGACAGUUGUUAUUCCACAGUCAUACACCAUUCAGAAAUAGGUUGGCUCUUCCACUUAUUCAUAUAGGCCAGGCUUCCUCAAACUCAGCCCUCCAGAUGUUUUGAGACUACAAUUCCCAUCAUCCCUGAUCACUGGUCCUGCUAGCUAGGGAUCAUGGGAGUUGUAGGCCAAAAACAUUUGGAAGGCCGAGUUUGAGAAAGCCUACAAUAGGCAGAACUUAUGCAAAUAAGCUUUGGAAUCUUUGUCCUUGGCAGUUAGAAGGACAACUGCUCUUAUCUGACCUGUCUGCUGUGUGGUGACAGGGCUUCAGAGGAGUUCCAGCUUCCCUGACUUUUUUAAAACAAGUGUGAGGGUGGUAGGUAUCUUCUCACCUGAACCUAGAUUAGAUUGGAUGGGAAAACCUCUUCCUUCUGUCUAUUAAACUGUGAGACUUGGUGUUGAUUUUAUGCCCAUCAAGUAAUUUGCAUGCUUUAACCACAUGCAUCUUUGGGAAAAGCCACUAGUGUCAUUGGUUUCCUUUUCUGUCAGUGAUCAGUAAAUGUGGCAAAAGGAGUGUAUAUGAUUUGCUGAUUUGCCUUAUUCUGCAGAAGAGAUAGAAAAUCUAGAAAAGGACUUGGAGAAAACUGUGAAAGAGUUGGAAGACCUUAAAACCAAACACUCUGACCUGGGUGAACAACUUCAGCAACAAGAUGACCUUAACAAAUCAUUAAAACAAAAAAAUCUGCAACAGAAACAAAGCUGUCAUGACCUGGAGAGUGAACUAGAGACAAAAAAUGAGCUGGUAAAGCAACCUUGGUUCUUAAAAUCCCAGUAGACUGUUGAAUAUCUCUAGAAAUUUCUUAUGGCAUUGAAUGAUACUGUUUUAUCUGUUUAUACUGUUGAAAGACACUAGGUUAACAUUUACAGUGUGGUAGUACAAUUGACUCCAGAAGGACUACAGCAGUACAGUUGUACUUCGGGUUACAUACGCUUCAGGUUACAGACUCCGCUAACCCAGUUUAGAACUUUGCUUCAGGAUGAGAACAGAAAUUGUGCUCCGGCAGCGCGGCAGCAGCAGGAGGCCCCAUUAGCUAAAGUGGUGCUUCAGGUUAAGAACAGUUUCAGGUUAAGAAUGGACCUCCGGAACGAAUUAAGUACCUAACCCGAGGUACCACUGUAUAUCAAGUCGUGGGAAUAAUCUCAUUAUUUGGCUUUCUAUUUGGUUUAUUUGACAAUAGCCAUCAUUAUAUUAUCAUUAUAUUUGUAUGUGUUAUGUUUAAAAUUAUUAGAAAGCUAAAUGUUUUCUAGCUUUAGUACACAUUUUUUGUCUUCAGAUAGAUGGAUUUAAAUGUUUUCUGGUUGGGCAUUAAGCCAUGUGUUCUGUUGUUGCCAUAAAUCCCAUUGUAUCUAUGGUUUAUUUCUAACAUUCAAUGUGCUUCUGAACAGAGCCCCAACUUUUAUUUCUGGAUGUAAAAUCCACAGGUGGUUUGGUGGAUUUUGUAUGCAGAAAUGAAAAAUUAGGAUUGUAUUUAAAAACCUUAAUGGCUAAUUAAGCUUUGAGUUUCUUUAUUAAAUCAUUAUUUGUCAUGUCUGCAAUAAUUACUGGGAGUUAGGUCUUCCCUUUUAAUUAAGAUUCUUCAGAGCUGGGCUUACUGAAAACUGGCUUUGUAAGCUGUGUGUCUUUAUGACCACACUGUCAUUAUCCCACUGAAAUCAAUGGGAGCUAGAUUUUUUCAAUGGAUUGUAUUCAGUAGAUAACACACACAUCCAAUUGAAUAAACAGAACAAACAGUUUAAUCUUAUUAGUAUCUUGAUCUGGUAACGCAUAUUUUUCAGCACUGUCUUCUCUUGUCCUUCUGGUGACUGAUUUAGUUAGCUCCUCUUUUCAUUUAGCCUGUAUCUUGGUUUGUUUGAUCCAUUUCCUUUAUUGCUGACUGAGCCUUUAUUCUUCACUAAAGGUAGCUCUGUGUGUAUAAGCUUGACUACGCUAUUUUUGGCUGCAACCCAUAGUGCUUCUUUGCAUGGUCCUGUUUCGAAUUAUUCAAUAAUGUGAAAGCUGUACUUGUUUUAUCAUUAUUUGUUCACCAAAAACACUUCCCUGUGUCAAAUAUUUUUCUAAAUUAGAAGUUGUGCAUGGUGUUGGAUACUUUGAUUUAGAAAUCUAAUUCUUUUCCUUCUUCUAAUCUUUCCUGUUUCUACCCUUUUCUCUCCCCGUCCCUUCAGUUCUUCCUACUGCUACCUAUUGGAACCUUGCUGCAUGCUCUCCUACAGGUAUCCAACAAUAAAACAGUCAAAAGAGAGAGAGCACCCACUUCUCUUCCAGAUAAAUGAAAAUAAUAGGAUAGUUUCAGAUUGAUACUGCUUAUGUUUCCAUCAGUCUGUUUGGUUCUUCAAAUAUAUUUGUGAUUAUAGGUAAAGGUACAUACAGAUUUAGGUGGAUCCAAUGCAUUUAUGAUUCUUAAGCAUUGUUUGUUUUCCAUAGUUCAUGGUUAGGCACAAAUCAAUAUAUGAAACCAAGGUUUGCGUGAGCUGUGGUUAAGUGUUAUAGUUGCACUUGAUCAAGUCAAAGUUAAGGCAGUUUCUCCACCACUCAUAGUAAGAAGGUCUCCCAGGUGGCUCUGGAGUAUGCAUGUACUCUGGGGCAGGAUGAGCUGCAUUUGACUGUUAACCAGGCUUAGGCUACAAACAUGGUUUGUGCUUACCAUCAUCAAGUAUUAUAUCUGCAGAAGGCAGUAGUCCCAGUACAACUUACAUGCAAAAAUUAACUGGAAAAAAAUGACCAAGACACAUUUUUAUUUUUGUUGUGUUCUGCUAGCUUCUAAAAGUAAAAGAGGGGGGGAAAUGCUAACAGAGUAAGUGCCUCAUUCUAUUCAGUUCAGAAAAAUGGAAAUAAUGAGGCUAGAGCACUUGGUGCCCUAUUUUUAUUUUAGUAUCAGAUUUAUCAAUAUUUGAAUACUACAGUAAAGUGAAUGACUGGUUAAUUCUUUUUUAUUUUGAGUGUACAUGUAUUUUCAGCAUUGUGCAUGACAUACCAUUUGCAGAUACCUUAACGUGAUUUGCAUUAGAUAGUAAAUCGUUGUGAUGCAGCAAAUCUUGCAUACAACUAUUGCCAGCCGCUCCAUAGCAGACAAGCCACUCCAUAGCUGACAAUUUGAAAAUACUCGAAGUGCAUGCUGGGACUGGCUUGCUUUGUCAUGGCCGGUGUGUGUGUGUGUGUGUGUGUGUGUGUGUGUGUGUUGUUUAACUAUCUGUUUAAAUGCAACAUCUAAAGCAAAUGCAUUUUGUUAUGCAAGUCUGACUAGUGUACCCUGUAUUUUUACUAUAUAAAGAUGUUUGUGUUGUGUCAUUCAUGCAUGGAUCAUAUAGCGACCCAUGACACUGGCAUUCCAUUUAAAUAUAUAUGUUUAUAAGACACAAUUUGUUAACCUUUUGUUUGUUUUUUUGUUUGUUUGUUAGCUAAAGCAGAAGACAGUGGAAUUAACCCGAGCCUGUCAGAAACAAUAUGAGCUGGAGCAAGAACUGGCUUUUUAUAAGAUUGAUGCCAAGUUUGAACCAUUAGGUUAUUAUCCAAUAGAGGUAAUUAUUUGAAAAUAGUAUUUUCAGUUUUAGAGAGCCUACUUGAUCCCAAACUUGUGCUGCACAUCUGAAUCAAAGUACAAAAUCAGAACUGACACUCUGUUCCCCUCCUCAACUCCAAACUGAUUGUGAGGAUGGUAGAAGAGCAUAUCUCCAGUUGCACUAAACUGCCAAAGCACUCCAGUCUGGCUGAAUUUGUACUAUUAUGUCCUAUUUCAGGAUGUUGAACUUGAUGAUGUACCGGGUGAAAGCCCUUACAUUGGGAAAUCUAGAUACAAAAGGAACAUGUAUGCUGUAGAAGGCUAUAUCCCUAGCAAGGCUCAGAAGAUGCAGAUGGGAAAUUUGGAAGAAGCAGAAGAACAAAAGAUUCAGAAGCUGAAACUGAAUAUUCUUCAGUCACUAGAUGCACAACUAGAAGAAAAAGAGAGAAAGGUUAAAGGAGGUACUUCCAACCUCCCCUCCCCUUGCAAAGUUAAAUGUAGAAAACCUUUCACUCUGUGUGUAUUGUCUUCCAUCUGAUGCUCUUGAUUUCUGCUGAAUGUUAAAGCUGACAGUUAAAUUACUGACUCAACAGCAUCUGAGUAUCAAUCUAGUGAGGCGAGGGCUGAGGUGACAUUUGAAUACAAGACUUCCCAGUUUACACUCCUAGCCAUUACAGUAGGUUUCAGUAGGCCAAAGGAAUGGGUUUUACCAAAGGAGCUUCAGAUCUCCUUCAAAGUGGAGCAGUUCAGCAAUUUUAGACCCUGAACUUAAUGGUCUAAAGAGAGGUGGCCAUAUGUGUUACAUCAGUGUUAUGUUAAAGCAAAAUCCAAACAAGUUUGCCAACCCUGAUGAAAAGGAAAUGCUCUGUGCAUGUUCCACAGUUUAAAGCCAAAUCAUGGCACCAUCAUGACUACAGAAAUAAAAUGUGGCUUGCUUCUGCCACCCCAAUUGUAAACACUUCUACUUGGGAAUAAGAAUCAUUUGGUUAUGGAAAAGGAUAACAUGUUUAUCUAGUAACAAUAAAUAACCAUGUGCAACCAUGUACAAGUUUAGUCGGUUAUCUCUUGUUUAUAAAACAUUUUACAAUAUAAUAAGAAAACAUGCUGUAGCAACCAGAAGCAGGCCAGGUACAGUACUGGACCUGUUUGUCACUGUCCUCCUCAUCUGCUGUUCUCUGGGUGGUUAUUUGGGGCCCAGAUUUAGGCCCAAGACCCAGCUCUAGUCUGCACUAUUAUUCAGUCACUUGAAUGCAACUCCAUUCAAACUGGCUCACGAUUGACCUUUUUCCUAACACCUUCCUAAUUUUUGACCUGCUAGAUCUCAUUCAGUAAAUCUAUGUAAGCAUAUACAUAAAAGACUACAUAUAAUGCAAUCCAAGCCUGCUCAGAAGCAAGCUCCAUUGCCUUCAGUUGAAUUUAUUUCCAAAUCAGUGUAUAUAGCACUAUAGCCUAAAAGACUUGCAGCAUCGACAAACUUUCCUGUGCACUUCCCUGGAUUGUGACCGCUGCUUUCUACCCUUCUGGAGACAUUCACCAUAACUGCAACAUAUGUCCAUGUUGGCACUGGAUAGCUGCAAUUGGCAUGUCUUUAUCAUUUGUUUCUCAUUUUCCCAGCCCAAGAAAAAUUAACAGAAUUGCUAGGUGAAGUAGCCAAUGCAGAGCACCGUGUUUUAAAAGCAACAGAGGAGCUUAAACUAGUCCAAAAUGUUGUGGCUCAGAAAAAGGUAUGUAUAUAAGCCUCUACUCCCCUGCUAGGUUCUCCCCUGGAGCAUUCUGUACAUAUUUAUAGGCACAAGGUGAAAACAUUUCUCUGUAACUAUGGCCUUUUAAAUGUGUUUGUGAGAGGGGGGUAUUGAUUCAUUUUUGUUUCAUUCUGUAUCUUGUGUUCUCAGUUUGUAUUUUUAUGUUGUAUACACAUUAAUGCAGUAUACAAAUUUAAUAAACAACAAUGUGGCAAUAAACUGAAACAAUUGAAAAGACCUGUUUAUUUUUUUGUGCAUAAUUGCCAAAUUUCAAGCAUUCCAAUCUAAUGCUUGGGGGCUGCACAGUAAAGCUGCAUACCUUAUUCCAACACUUGGCCAUAUGUAGCACUAAGGAAAAAGGCAGGUUUUCAUAGAUGAUAACUUUUCCCUGUGAAAUGCAGUGAUAGACUGAUAGGCCUGUGGAUGUUUACUUGAGAUGCAUUGGCUGCAUUGGGACUAACUUCUAUGUAAGCAUUUAUAGAAUUGGGCCCACACUGCAGAAUUCAAGUUCACAAGGAAAAUCACUGAAUCAUAUUUUUAAACCAUACAGCUUGUGUAGUCUCUGAAUCCUUUGUAUCUCAGUCUUAGUUAGGUGUGUUUUCUGUUUGUUCAAAUCUAGAUGUCAGACGUGGAAAAGGAUUGUCUUAGGCAAGAGCUAAGCAACAAGAUACUUCUCCUAAAUCAACUACGAGAAGAAGCUCUAGAACUAGAGAAAGAGAUGGAAAGGCAGCAGGAAGACAUGGCCAAAAAAGAGAAGGAGUUAGGAGAACUGCAGCGUUUUAUAGAUUCUCUAGAUCCUGAAGACCCAAGACAUGUAAGUUUUACACACACAUAUAUACAUGAAUUCAAUAUAUAUAGUAUUAAUAGGAAAUGCCAAAUAAAUUAUUGCAUAAAUAUCCAGUUAGCAGGAAUAAAAUUAGAAUCUAGUUUUGUUUGAGUAAUAGAGUAAAUGACACUGUGCCCACAGGAUUGUAGGAAAAGAGUUCUGCUAAAUUUCAGUGGAGUAUCUUUGCCCAUUAAAAUAUAUUUUUUCUAAAGAAUUGUUUCAAAAAUAUUUUAAUAAACGUAUACAGUGUUUGACAUUUAACUAGCACAUUGCUGAAACAUCAUCAGAAAAGUUCAUAGGUUCAGAUGCCGUUCCCUAGGUUCUUUUCUUCAUAUAAUGAAACAAGCUUCAUUUAUGAAAAGAAAAUAUAUGCAUUCAUGGGGUGGUGAAUAUGUAUUAGUACUGCAUCUUAGGGUGAUAUUAUUAUUAAUUUGAUCAUUUUAUGUUUUUAUUUAUUUUAUAUGGUACAGAAGUUACAUUUUGAGAAAACCAUUGCUACCACAGUAAACAAUAAGCAACAUGUCCCAAUAAAAUUACUGACUUUGGUCGUGCUGUGUAAUAAAGUUGAAUUAGAUUACUCUAAGAGAUUAUGCCAUAUUUUCCCAUGCGUAUUGGGUGGAUUCCUGCCAUAGUCUGAACAAUUUAUGUAUUACAUAAACAUUUGCCCUAUGUUAUAAAAGGAAUAGGAAUUGUGUUUGCCCUUUGCUGCUCUGUCCUAACAUGUUAAUUUCUUAGCCAAUAUUAUUGUCCAUAUUCUGGUGUACCAAGAAUCAAUGUUAAGCCCAGUGCCAGUUUUCCAACAGCCAGGGCAAUUAUUAAUUUGAUAUUGGAACUCUGGAGUCCUGGUCACGACAUUUUCAAGUAAUAAAUGGAUUGGAAGCAAGCUACUUCAAGGUCUGCUUCUUUCUGUAUCUGGUAUGGAGAGCCUCUGGCCCACUGGGCCUUUUUCAUCCACACCCAAACAGUCUUCCUGAGACAAGCUUGCUUCUUCCAUACUAUUCUGCAGAAAUCUAGCCAUGCAGGAAUACAUCUCUUCCUACAUAGUCAGUUUGUUUUAUUUUGGGUGUGUGACAGGAGUUUCCCUUUCUCUGUGCACAGCAAGCGAAUGCAGAAAGAGAUUUACUGCCUAGUCAGCUUGCUAUGUUUCAUCUCUAGGCAUUGAGAAAGGAGAUACAGUCAUACCUCGAUUUAAAUAUGCUUCAGGUUGAGCAUUUUCAGGUUACACUCUGCAGCGACCCAGAAGUAACGGAACACGUUACUUCCGGGUUUCGCCGCUCGCGCAUGCGCAGACGCUCAAAAUGAUGUCACACACAUGCACAGAAACGGCGAAUUGCGACCUGUGCAGACACACAGUCAUGGGUUGCAUUCUACUCAGGAUGCGAACAGGGCUCCAGAACGGAUCCCGUUCGCAUCCAGAGGUACCACUGUACUUUUUUCCCAGGCCUGCCUGCCUUCUCCAGAAGGAAUGUUUGGGUCGCCUCAGGGACCCAUUCUACAUUGUUCUUUUAAAAACAUGGCUGCAGUCUUUCAGAUCAUGUGACAGAUAAAAAAUACCAUGUGAGAACAUCCCAGAUAAUGGACUAUGCAUGUUCAAGAUGGUCAAUCAGCCAUCCUCAGUCUGCAUGGCAAACUGCUUUGGAAACUGAGUAUGGAGAUUUGCUGUUCCAAAAAAAAAGUCAAAAUGUUCCACAAGGUUCACCUAAUAGUUCUUUGUAUUCUAGCCAUUAUCCUUUUUAAAUCAAUGUGGGAAGCUGCCUUAUACUGAGGAAGUCCACUGUGCCAUAUAACUCAAUACUGUCUACAUUGACUGGCAGCAGUUCUCCAGGGUUUCAGGCAGGGGCCAUUUCCAGCCCUACCUGAACAUGCUGGUGAUUCACCCUGGAAGCUUCUGCAUUCGAAGCAGAUGCUCAGCCACUGAGCUAUAGUCCUCCCUCUAUUCAGGUGCUUCUAUUACCCUCACAUGACAUUUCAAUCCAUAUUCACACACAAAUAUGAUUCAUUUGUGCCCUUGUCUUAAGAAGCAACCAUGUGGCAUGACCCUAAGCAUGUUUAUGCUAAGUAAGCCAACCAAGCUUAGUAUUAUUUGUUAUUAAACAUAUUUUUUGAGCUAUUGCAGAUGAGUUUGUGGUUUUUUGAAAUAGUAUGCACAAAGUCUUAUUUCUCAGGAAAAGUUGAUGCAGUCUGCUGCACAUCCUAGGCUAAGUUCUAACCUCACAUUGGUUAGAAAUAUUUUAGCAGGACAGAAACAAGGAGAAGUAACAGAUUUCCUUCUCUCCGCAAGGCAGCAUGUGAUGCAGACACACCCUAAGAGAAAAAUUGUCAUUCCUUCUAAAACAAUGUAGAUUGACUGGUUUCUUAAUCUCAAGAUGACUCAUAUUUUAAAGUUGCCUUUAACUAUUUUGGGUGUGGACAGCUUUGUUUAAUUGAUCACACAGAAUAAGGAAUGCAAACUGGACCUACAUUUAUUGGUGUAACUGUAUAAGCUUCUUGGUGUCACAAAGCUCUCAUUAGGCAGACCAGACCAUUCCAUUGUCCCAAGAGAGCAGUUAUGCAUAAUUAAGGCUGCAAUUCAGUGCACACUUUGGACUACAGUAGUUGCACCAAGCUUAGUUGGGCUUGCUUCUAGCUAAACAUGCAAACAACUGGGCUACAAGAAUCUGAUACAAAGUUACCCCCAUAAAUAUUAGUUUCAUUAAAAAGAUGCGUUCCUUUUAAUAAACCAAACAAUUUUAUGUUGGCACAAACAAACUAUAAAUGUUAAGAGAUCCAUAUUUUGCAAAAAGGAAAAAAAGUUUUGCAAAACAAAAAGUUAGUAUAGCCUUUCAUGCUUUCCAGUUAUGUGGAUAUACUUGAAGUCUCAUUCAUAUCUGGCUUAUUUUUGAAGCUCAGAGGCUGAUUAUAAAAAGAAAUUGUGAAGUCAACAGUCCAAGACCUCAGUCUCUCCAAUAAUAACUUUCCGUGCGUUUCAGGGAGGCUUUCUAAAUGAAAGGAAACUGCUUUAUUUAAGCUCAGCCUCUUGGAGAGUGGAGCUGCCUGUUACAAGCUGUAGAGUUGAUUGGCUGCCUGCACUGCUUCCUGUGUUGUGAUUUGAAGCAAACAGAACGCAGCCCAGCUAGCUGAAACAAGUAGGGAUUGGAGCGCAUGUUACCACUGUGCAGGCCUGACAAAGAGCUCUCACAGCUCCUGGGGCUUAGUUUCCCCCUUUCAAACCACAUCCUAACCAAAGUGAAACUGUCAAACAGAAAAGUUUGGUGUACGAGACUAGAGACUAGAUAGAGAUUAAGAGAAACCGUGUUUGAGCUGAGGUACUUUUUUAGUACUGCUCGUCUUUCACAAUGAAUUCCAACUUUUAAGUGGGGCUUUCAACACAGGAUUUGAAAAGAAGAAAAGACAAAGCAAACGCUGUAAGUGCCUCCCUCUCCCCUCCCUCAAAAUACCAUUGAGGAAUCUCAACAGCAGCAUACAAUUUUAGAAGAUAACAUUGCUAAGUUAUAGAUACUUUUAAAACAGGACAAACUUGACUUGGCUUAUUAUGGAUAUUUGGACAUUUGCCUCUUUUGUUAUCUGCUCAGAAAAUUAAAUGAAGAUUUGGUAUGGGGAUAGUCUGAUAAAGUGAAACUUUUGCUUCAGCCGUUUUGCAUUACCUCAGUAUUUAGGAAAGCAUGCUUUUUCCUGGGAUUUUAACUAAUAAGGUUUUUGUUUUAAGUGUAAUUGGUGGAGUUGUGCAUUUAUUUUAAAAGUACCAUCGGAUAGUUGGAUUGCAUUUUUGUAUUAACUAUUUUUUGUGGGGGCUGGUUCUGUACUCUUUUUGCCAAUUAGCACUCUGCUAUUUUUGGUUCAUAAAAAAUAUGUACCAUGUUGGAUGCAUGUUGGAUGCCUAAAACCAUGAAUGGAAGUAGUCUGCCCUGUAAGAUUUGACACUGUGUUUCUAAGCCAAGCAAACACUAUCAAGCUUAUAACCAAACUUGUCAUUGUAACAGUUUCAUUCAACUGUGGUUAAGCAGUCUGGGUUGUCAGUAGCGUGGGUUGUCAGCACCCGGGGCAAGGCAAGUAAUUUGUGCCCCCUAACCCGUGGAUUUGCGCCCCCUAACCCUAACCCCCAGAUGUUGCGCCCGGUGUGGCCCGCCCCCCCUGCACCCCCCACGCUACGCCACUGGGUUAAGUAUGGUACUUAAGAGAAAUGGUACACAUAGCUGUGUUCAGUUGACACUGGUUAUAGCAGCUUGAAUAAAUGUGCUAUUGACAAAAUAAAAUAAAAUCUGGGUUGUAGAUUUUGGGGGGAGAAGUAUACAAAUAAUAUUUUGGCAUGAAACUGAAAUUAUUGGCUUAUAUUUUAAUGCAGAAGAUCUAGUAUCCAAUUUCUUUAGCACCCAUUGGAGAGAGGCAUAUGAGGUUAGUCUGACUGGGUUGAGAAGGGUUUACAGAAUGGUCUGUGUAACUUAAGGGGAGAAUGGUAGUGUAUAAGAAGCACUGGGCUGCAGCUACAGCACCCGUGGGUUGAGUUGUAUCAUUCUGUAAGGCAGAAUACAAGUUACAUUAUACCCUGAUGUCAUCACACUGUAUACUUCCCUAUUUGGAGGUAGAGAGACAUUUAGCACAGUGACAUUGGGAGUGAAGGUUAGAAUUACACUUCAAUUUUACAAGAUACUAUGUGCACCAUCUCCUAAUUACCAUGCUUAAUCUGAGGGCACAGUUGAAUGAAGCUGUCACAAUGGUAUGUUUUAUUAUUAGUGCUCAACUUUACAAGGAAUGCAUGAGUCUCAUAUUGGUUAGGCAUUCAGUAUAUAUUGGGCAUGCUGAGUUGCUCCCAACAUUGCAGGGGCCUGUCAUGUGUGUAAAACAACAUACAUGUGCCACCCCCGCAACUCAUCCAGGCCAACUCAGCAUGCCACACACCCCUUCACCACACCCCUAGCAGAGGACAAGCCAGUACGAAGAUGCUUCUCGUUGGCAAUCUCCCACUCUCGCAAUCUCCACCAGAGCACUUUCCUGGAAGGUGGCCUGGUGAUCAUCAAAGGGACGGGCCAGCGUUUCCUACUGGUGCAUCCCUUUGAGGAUCAUAGUGGAUUUAAAAAAAAAAAAUUUUGAGGCAGUGCUGCUUGAAAAUUUUAGGGAGCCCUGCCCCCAUGGCCCCUCCACAGAUGGCACCAGUGGUAUGUAUAGAGGCAAGAGAGAGAAGAGAGCACAGAUUAAUAAAUUCUAUGUAAGCUGCUAGCCACUUUAAGGAUUUUGUUUUAAAAAACAGGCUUCAAAUGUUAAAAAUAAAAGUUCUUCCAGGUAGAAAUUCCAGGUGUGCAAAGCCAACUCAACUAAUGCAGAAGGAAAUAGUUUGGAGAAAGGUGUGAGAAAUGAUGUGGCCUACCAGCUUCACAAAAGUAGAUCCCUGUGGGCUUCUCCCAGAAGGAUAUACUGCUUAUAAAUGAUUUUUCGACCGUUCAACAAAAUAAAAUAAAAAACAUAUACAUUUAAUAAAAUAAAAUAAAAGAUUUUUCAAUCAUUUUCAAACUUCCUGCAAAUUGUUUGCUCCUAAGAAUUUAUAUAUGCUGUGGUCAGAAUUGUAAGAAACUUGAAGCCCAUCUAGCUGAAAGCCCUGUGACUGAAGUAACAUUGUCCAUUUACAUAAUUAGGUUAAUCAUAUAGGCAAAGCAACAUACUUCAAUGGUAGAGCACAUGCUUUGCAUGCAGGUCCCAGGUUUCAUUCUUGGGCUUUAAAGACCCCAUCAGGAACCCUGGAGAGCCCCAGCCAAUACUAAAUUAACCAGUUGCCUGACUUGGCAUAAGAUAGCUUUCAUUGUUCUGUACUGUGAAGUAGAGAUGGGGAAAGUUUAGCCUUCCAGAUGUUGUUGAACUACCAACUCUCAUUAGCCCCAAUCAAUAUAGCUAGUGCUCAGAGAUGAUAGGAGGUGUAGUCCAGCAUCAUCAGAAAGUUCCCCGUCCCUGCCGUAGAACAUUUGUGGCAAGGGUGCAGGAAGAUCAGGAUUGUUUGGGGUGCUUUGUUUGUUUUUAAACUACUGCCCUGAGAUGUCCAUUUAACUUCCACUCACAGGCUCAUAUGAAGGCUCAGAAAGCAAGCAAAGAACAACAACUUGACAUGAUGAACAAGCAUUACAAGCAUCUUGAAAGUCGCCUGGAUGACAUGCUGUCUCGGAUUGCAAAGGAAACUGAGGAAAUUAGGGACCUGGAGCAACAGCUCACAGAUGGUAAAAAUGUUAUUCAAAACAGACUUUAGCUCAGAGGCUUUGGGCUUUUCCAUAGUUUACAUAGCAUAUACAGAUUUUACACUCUACAGACAACAGUUCUUAGAAGUACAUAUGCAUGCUUUUAAGUAUUUGCUGUAGGAAGUGCUCACUUAAUAAAUGCAGCAACCAUGUUUGUUAUUUGAAAUGUGGAGCUAUCCUUAAUACAUGGCAUGAGAUUAAACUCCAUCACCUUGGCUCUCCCUUCUGAGCACACCAAUACCAGCCAAAUUCUGAAAGCCUCAAAGCAGCAUUCUGCCUCUCCUAGCAGGAAACCCAUAAAUGGCAUCCAGGUUAUCUUUCCAGCUCACUGAAGAGGUUUGUGGGAUGACUUUAUUUGAUGGAUUCAAGUGAGGUCACCUACUAGUGUAAGAUACCUACUACUGUUGUUUAGUCAAGUAGAAUUUUUUUAUCCUGACGUUAUUUCCCAUUUGUAGUAUGAGAACUCUUGGUGGAAGUCUCUGGAGAUUAGUUUCCUGAAGAACUCUUGUUGAUUUUCUCUUAGAGCAGUUAGGAAAGUGAGGAAAAGUGGCACUACCUAGAGAAAUGAUGAGAUCCUGGUCAAGAGAAAUGGAACUUUCCACCUAACUUAAAAUUUGUGAACUUUUACUGGCUAGGUUUAAAGAAAAAAUGUAUAGUUUCUGGGGGAAAACAUUGUCAUUGCAAUUCCUGGUUAUCCAGUGCUGUAUUUCUCCCUCCCUUCCCCACUUUAUUUUAAUGUUACUGUGCUGAUCUAAGAGAGUUACAAGCACAGUAAAAAUGUACUUGGCUGCCAGUCUUAUUGGACCAGAUUUCUUCUUUAAAACAUAAAUGUUGGGUAAAUGCAAAUAUGCUGUCACUUCAGAUACUGAAAUCAAAGUUUGUGUCUCCUAUGUAAGUCUAUUUUGAGACAUACUCAGUGAUGUCACCUCACCUUCAGAUAAUCAGGGAUAGCUCUCAUGACUUUUUGGUGUUCCCUUGCAAACUGAAAUACUUCUUUUUUCGUAUUUCUUAACUCUUUCUCCUCUACCAUUCACAGGCCAAAUAGCAGCAAAUGAUGCACUGAAGAAAGACCUGGAAGGAAUUAUCAUUGGGUUACAGGAAUAUCUAGAGAGUGUUAAGAGUCAGGCCAAACAAACCAGUGAUGAAUGCAAGGAGUUGCAGAGGGAUAAAGAGGUGUUAUUGCAAAGGCUGGAAGAACUCGAGGAGGAGAGAAACCAGCUGGAGAUAGUUGCUAUGGAUGCAGAAAACCUGAGAAAAGUAAGAUGCAAGAACUGUUAUAUUCCAAAAAGUCCUGAUGCUUUUCCUCACUGGCAAACAUAAUUUAGAAACCAGGACAAAACAAUGAGGUUAAGAUUGCCAGAAUCUUUUUAUUUAUUUCAACAGUUUAUAUACAUUGGUACCUCGAUUUACGAACUUCUUAAUCCAUUCUGGAAGUCCGUUCUUAAACGAAAGCCGUUUUUAAACUGAGGCACGCUUUCCCCACUGAGGCCUCCUGCCGCCAGUACCCUUCCACCAAUCGGCUUCCGUUCGUAGACCGAUGUAAAGUUCACUAACCGGAACACCUACUUCCAGUUUGUGGAAUUCGUAAACCAAAUAGUUCGUUAACAGGGCUGUUCGUAGACCGAGGUACCACUGUACUGCUUAACACCAUAGUCUCUAAGAGGUGUACAGUGAAGUUACAAAACUGUUAAAAUGGCGAUAAAAUCAGUUAAAAUUAACCGAAACAUCAGGAAAAAAAUGCCUACUAAAUUAAGAACGUCUUCACUAACCUCUGGAAGUUCAAGAGAAAGGCGGCCUGCUGGAUCUCAGCCAGGUGGCAGUUCUACUGGGGUGGACCCACAAUACUAAAUCAAUACUAAAUUCCUCAAAGACCUCAGUGAUUGGACAGGGAUAUAUGGAAUUGAUCAGUCUUUAAGGAUCAAAGUUGUUAUGAGUCUUCUAAAUUAAUAUAGGAAUGUUGAACUUGGCCUGGUAGCAUAUGGGCAGCCAAUGCAAGCUUUUAAACACCAGAGUUUUAUGCUAGAGUAAUGUUUUGCCACACUCAUAAGGUUGGUGGGUGAGUGGUUGUGGCCCAGCAGAAGACAUACUCUUUGCUGGCUCCAGAUUUGUGGAAUCUCCUGACUGAAGUGCAUCCAGCAUCUUCACUUUACAGCUUUUGUCAUGUGCUGAAGAUCCACUUCUCUACCCUUGCCUUUGAUGGUUAAAAAGUAUUUAUGACCUACUCAAAAAUGUGAUUAAAUGAGGUCAUUUUUUAUUUUAGUGUAAUUGUCUUUGUUUGUUUUAAACUGUAUUAAUAGCUGGUGGGCAGCUCACAACCGCCUGCCACUAAUCAUGGUAUUGCAGUUUCCUGAAUCAGAGCAACUGCUGAUGCUCUGUAGACCUUGGCAUGUUUGACCAUCCUACUUGUCAUCCUGGCAACACCAGGAUGUUUUCUAUCACUGGGGGGGGGGGGGAGGAGCUGGUAGGGAAAGCUUGAUCAUCCUUCCCAUCCCACUUUUCCUCUGCAAACAUCAAUUUUUCUGUCACAUCACACACUGGGAUAAUAUGCAGAAUUGGGAAACCCACAUUUGCCAACAAUUUUGUACAUCUUGUCCUAUGGACUUCAAAAUAGUAUGUUGGGGAGGUACGCCUCCAGUCCAGCAGCAGGGGUGGCUUAGCUCCCUUCCCCCCACCCCUUGCCCCCAUGGUAGAUGUGUAGGGGCACAGUCUCUGUUUCGCAGGGAUACAUGCUACAACCAAUUUAAUGGAUAACUGAUGAACUCAAAAUUAUAAAACACACUUUCGGUUCCAGGAAAUUUCAGACCUUGAGCAGGCACUUGAAGAACAAAGAGAGCUCAAUGAAGCCCUGCAUGAGACUCAAAGGGAACAUAUCACAUAUGAGGCUGAGCUGGAGGCUGAACUGAAAGCCCGAGACAUUGAAGCCAAUCAGCAUGAGGAAGAACUGCAGAGGCUAAAACAACAUGGUCAAGUAAGUGGACAUUCAGAGAGAAAUGUCUCCUUUCCUUAUACCUUUCAUGUUUCUCCCAAUCCAUAUAGGUUCCAAAACGUGACUUCUUUUUUCUAAAACUUAUCUGUAAAGAAUCCAGGUUGGUAGUAGUCAUAGUGAAAUGGAAAGAGCUCUCAGGUAGAUGGGUGGCUGAGGGACAUUUUGUCUGGUUUUCCUUGCUGCCGUAGUCCUGCCAGCUCUUCCAGUAGCUUAAACUGAUUGGACUCUGGCUUUUUAACACAGUAGGGAAAGAAGACAUAGCUCAGUUGGUUAAAGCACUGUGCUGAUAAUGCCAAGGUUGCAGGUUCAAUCCCUGUAUGGGACAGCUGCAUAUUCCUGCAUUGCAGGGGUUUGGACUAGGUGAUCCUCAGGGUCCCCUCCAGUUCUACAAUUCUAUGAUUCUAAGACAAGGAGUUGAAUUGCUGAAGCAUUGUGAUUGAGGAAGCUGGGGGACUUUAUCUUACUCAAUGAACAGUUUCCUGCUGUGAGGAUUCCUGUUAGGUUUGUGUUACCUUGUCACCCACCAAUCAAAAAGCAGCUAUUAGUAUUGUCAGAAAGAUGUUGAUGUUCUCAAUCUUUCUCCCAAUGAACCUUUUUAGUUCCAUGAGAAAGAGUUUUGACCCUCUUAAAUGUGAUUCAACUUGGUAGCAGAGGCUAAUCUAGGCGUGUCAAAUGCAUUGGCCCAAGGGAGGUGUACUAGGGUCAUGGGGCUGGCCCAAUCAAAAAGAGUAAAGGGUCCACCCAACCCAACCCAUACAGCAUCCUAAAUUAUUGAUUAAGGUUCAGGACAGAUUUAUAGUACUAGGACAAUCAAGACAUGGUCACGGUUUGUACAUUGCCCAUGAAUACAUUUUGAAGUGUGAAAAACUCUUGUGGGCACAACCCACCCCAUACUGCAACUACACAUGCACAUGCAUGCACACAUUCCCCCCAGCAAUUAGGCUUGAAAAAGUGUUUUUAUCCACCCUCCCCACCAAGAUAGGUGGGGCAUGAUCUCCUGGGGAGUGCAACUGGAGAGGGAAGGUUUAUCUUCCUUUUCUAGGUGCUAUCUCAAGGAAGAUCUCUCUCACACACUGCUGCGUUUAGGUUUGAAAAAUUCUAGGUAGUAACAAUUUUUUCAACCCUUAUGGCAGUUGGUAAGAGGUGACAUCAGGGUGACAACUCCCCUGCCAACUGUGACCCUCUGCCUCUGAAAUUGUUCCUCUGUUGUAAUUAGACUUGAAAGAAGCCUUCUAUUAGCUACAAUGUGGCUUUUUCAAGCCUAAUUGCAGUGGCAAAAGGGAUGGUGGUGAUGAUCCUCAGGCAUCCAUGAAAACUUUGGUGGACCAAUGUAUGCCCACAAGUGCUGGGUUGGCAACUCAUACAAUAUCCCAUGGUUAAUGGCAUAUUAGGAUUGAGCAGCAUGUUCAUACUAGCAUGCUACUCAAGCCUGAUAUCAUUAUGCAUAAAAGAGGCCAGUCAUGACAAUAGGGCAAAUGGAAAUUGAGAAGUUUGCUUGUUUUAUGGACUGUCAAUGUCUUCCUUAGAAGAACGAGCUGUCCUUGCAAAAUACAUAUUCUAUUCAAAUGUUACCUAAUUCAUUGUUUUUUUGUAGAGGAAAGUGAGAAUUUUUUUCUUUUUUCUUUUUGGGAUGGGGUAGCUGGAGCACUCUGCUCUCCAGGCUGAGCUCAACAAAGAAAGGCAAGCUUUAGAAAAUGCCUUGACAAAAGCACAAUUAUCAGAAGAGAGAGAACAGGAAAAUAAUAAACUGCUUUCUCAUCUUAAACAGCUACAGGUACAGUAUUUUUUUCAUAUUUUUUUGUUUUUCAGAGAGCAUGUCUGGCAUUCUGAUAUAUAACCUUCUUCAAAAGGCUCCAGCUGUUGAAAGUCAAUCAUGCAACCACCUUGUAUAUUCUUUCUUGUGUGUCUGUUAAAGAUUAACAAGAGUUGUAUCUUGGAAAUCAUCCAGAGUUAAUAGGGGAAAUUAUCAUGCUUUAUUUAUUGAUUGUUUUCUGUAGCAACUAGUCAUUUAGCUCCACAGGUCAGCUAUGCUAGUGAAGAAAUGCAGUGAAAUAAGUGUUAUGUUUAGUCUUCUUACAUUCUUAUACAGUCAAUGCAAGAAGAAAUCAUUGAAAGUAUAUAAUGGUAAAAGUGACCUCUGAAAUCUCUUUUGUUACAGAAAGAUAAUAACCUUUUGAAGCAGCAGCUUAAAGAUACUCAAAAUCAACUGAAUCAUGCAGUUGACAGCUUAAUUCAUCCUGACGAAUUCUUGGCUUGUGUGAGAGAACUCAAAGAAAAUCUACAGACUGGGGCAGAAUUCAGGUGAGCUAAAUUCAGAGGUUUCAUACCUUUAUCAGAAGGGGAGUUCUAGCUGCAAACACUUGGCUAGUUAAUGCCUAGGCAGUUCCCAGCUGUGUAUCUGUCAGUGUUUGAAGAUAAGCAUCACUCUUUCAGAUGGAGAACACUCUGCAGAACACCUCUCUUUUUUUGUAGUUGUAUGAAAUGGCCUUCAGUCUCAAAGUAAUAUGUUGCUGUCAAAAUGGAUGGAAAGACUUGAAACUGGGAAUCUCAGUCUUCACAAAACAUCCAAAAACUGACAGACCCUAUUCUUCACAACCCUUAUCUCCCUCCCCCUCACUUUUCCCCCAUCUUGAGUUUGCAGAUAUGUGUUUGCUGUAGCUGGAAAAUAACAGUCUGGGCAUGGGAGUGUGAAUGGGGUAAGAAGUAUCUCUUACCUACCAACUUGCUACUUCUCUUCAAAUUCUGCUCUGCCACUGCUUUUUAGAUGUUUUGGCAAAGACGUCCAACAUUUAGUUUAGCCAUAAGACACAGGUCUUCAGAUGAGCAUUGAUGGUAAGCCUAGGUAGCAAUUCUCCAUAACGCAUUUUCCUUUUUUUGUAUAACUGAUUAUUUCAGGUGCCAUAAUGCAAAGGAUAUUUUAGGGAAAAGCCUUGCAGAUCUACAGAAAGAGUUUGCUAAGGUCCUUGCUCAAUCUCAUCAAGAAUAUGAGGCCAUCCAGGCCAGAGAGAGACAGCUUCAGAAGGAGAUGACAUCCCAGCAAGCUAAGUUGGAAGAGGCACAAGAAAAAUACAAGCUGGCCUGUAACAAAGCUGCAGAAGCCAAAGUAAGAGAACCAACUACAGUCAUACCUCGGGUUAAAGUAGCUUCAGGUUGAGCAUUUUCAGGUUGUGUUCCGCGGUGACCCGGAAGUAACAGAAUGGAUUACUUCCGGGUUUUGCCGCUCGCGCAUGCGCAGACGCUCAAAAUGACGCCAUGCGCAGAAGUGGCGAAUCACGACCCGUGAUUGUGUUCUGCUCAGGAUGCGAACGGGGCUCCAGAACGGAUCUCGUUCACAUCCAGAGGUACCACUGUAUUACCAAAAGGAGAGAGAAAGGAACUUCCAAGGAGAUAGCCAUUCUGGUCUGUUGCAACAAAGUGUCUUGUUGUAUUUCAAAGACAGAGAAGUUUACUGUGGUAUAAACUUUCAUAAACUAGAGUCUACUUCAUCAGGUGUCCACAAAUGUUUUCGCUGUAAAAUUCUUAAGGAAAGAAUUGCCACAAUUAUUUUGACAGAAACCUUGUUUAAUGGUCAAAUACAUGUCAAUCCUUCAUGAAUAUUUGCAUGAUUUGUGUCUGUCUUCCUUCAGUCCCUCCUCAAAAUCAAACUUUUCCAUAAAGUACUUACCUUGAGUGGUAACUAAGACUUCAAUUAUUUGCCAUAAUUCCUGGGAGUGAACCCCACCGAACUCAGUGAAUUUUCUUUUGAGACAACUCCUAUAGGAUUGCGCCUCCAUCCCAAUUACCUUGUUUUUCUCUUCUUUGCCUUGCUGUUGAAAUUAGAUUAUAUUUCCUUGAGGGCAUUUUUUUGAUAUGGAAUCAUGAGUGAUCGUGUGCAUUGGUGACCCUGAAUUAUUAUAUUGGAAAACUUCAAAUUGGUGAUGAUUUUAUGUUGCCUUUUUCAUCGUGUGUCUACUAUUUGCAGUUUUGGAAAAGGACCAAAUGUACUUGUUUGUAAAGGAGGUAAAAAGCAGAGGCUUUUGCAAAAGAUUCCACAUGCUGCUAACUUUAUGCCCUAGGAAAGAUUACAACUAUCCUCAAGCUCUCAUCAUCUUCCCUUUGUUUCAACUUCAGAUUAAAUCUGAGAAGAUGCAGAAUGAAGCCAGAGUACAUCAACUAGAGAAUGAAAUCCAGCAUCUAAGUGAAAAGCUGAAGAAUAUGGAAGAAAUCCAGGGCCUAACAGAUCAACAGCUGCAAGAGGCUGAUGAGGAGAAAGAAAGAAUUCUUGCACAACUAGAAUAUCUGGAGAAUAGGGUAGGGCUACUCCUAUUAAAAAGCCUGUGACUAGUAAGGCAUGUCCCUCUGUACAACACUUUAAAAAAUACUGCACUAUUUGCUUAUAUUUUAAUGUGAGUGCAUCCUACCAGAGAAGAAAGCAAGAUAUACAUAUAUUUGUGUGUGUGUGUUGUUUGUUUUGUCACAUCUGUUGAAUAGCAUUUUCCCUCUCUUUCAGAAAAAGGUGGAAGAUGCUAAGGCACAAAUGCAAUUCAUUGACAUUGAUAAAGAGCUGCAGGAGUUAAAGAGAGUGAUAUCUACUUCAGAUAAACAAGCAGCAGCAGAUCUCUGUGCAGCCAAAGAUCAGCUCAGGUCACUCCGUGGAACUGUAUGCAAAAUUAAUCAGGAACGCAGUGAGGUACAUAAUUGGUAAAAUUGUAAGACCGAAUUGAAACUACUUCUCUUGCACCACAUAGUGUGUUUCAGUCUCUAUUAGUCAUUCUUAUCAUUAAGGUAUACAUUUCUGCAUGGAAGCAACUUUCUUGAUUUCAUUUAAUAAUAAAAUAUCAUGUAGUUAUUAUUAACAGAGAAGGCUCUGCACCUGACUGUAAUGAGAACCUAGAAUAAGCAUAGUGAAAGAGGAACAGAGAAGGGAUGGAACCACUGCUCUGGUCAAAGUAUUGAUUUCUUAUAAUCAAUACUAUCUUGUUUAUUAUAUGUUUUGCUGCUAUUUUAUUGGGACAGUUUUGUGUUUUAAUGUAUGAUUGUUAUUGUAAUGUUUCUUUUUUAUUUUCUGUUAUACUUAAUGAUUGUACAAUUUUGUAAGUCACUUGGAGUUUCUUUGUGACAGGCAACUACUAAAUUUAUUAAAUAGUAAUAAUAAUACAAAACAUCAACAAUUGCAUCAAAUAAGCUAAGUAAAACACCUUUUCCUCUUCUGUAGGAACUUCGGGAAGCAGAGAAGUUCUGUAUGCUUGCUACUCAAGCUUCUAAAGAUCUUGCCAGAGCAGAAUCAGAAAUAGAAUUGUUGCAGAAACUUCUGAAAGAAAAGGAGGAAUGGGUAAGUUAUCAGUCCCCUUACUGUACACAUUGAUAAGAAACACGAAAUAGAGGCAAGAGUGAAAAAUUCUUACAUGAAUAUGAAAACUAUGAGGCUUAGUGAUGUGUCUCCCAUUGAGUUCUAAAAAUUCAAGUCCUGGUCAGAUAUAUUGAUUUCAAGGGACAGAAAAUCUCAGUGAUAUACAAAUGUUCAAAUUGACUGAGCCAGUAAUGAUUUAAUCUGCCUGGAGAGAGAGAAGUCAGGACAUGGUAUGUGAGGCCAAGACUUGCUCAUUUUAAACCCCUUUUCAGAAAAUAGGAUCAAAAUGGCCUGUAGAAUCUUCGUCUACAUUUUUUUUACAUUGUGCACUCUGAUGUUGCUUUACUCCAAUGUACACAAGGGCAAAACAUGAGAAAAUAUGACUAAGAUGCUUUUUAAUAGUUUCAGAGUGAAGUGGGAAAAGCUGAUGCCGAGACUGCAGCUUCUGCUUUUCAGAAAGAGGAGAUUGGUAAAUUAAAGCAGCUAUUGAGAUGCCAAAAAACAGAAAUUGACCGACUGCACCGUGUACUAGAUCAAGUUCAGACAGGUAAUGCUUUCCUUCCAUUUUUUCCUGGAGCAUGUUUUCAAACUAAUUCAGAUGUCUUCCCAUCAUUCUCUGUCCAGGCAUGUGUUGUUCCACCCAUUGUCCAGGACCAGCAAGGUCUUGUAGUCCUGCUUUGUAGACCUAGGCAGGCAGACGAGGUUCCACCCUAGAUUUUUUUUACUGCCUCUCUAGGUCAGAGCAGCUUUCUCAUAAUUUGUCUUCCAGUGGGGCGGGGGCGGGGGUGGGUAAGUGUUGUGUCUCAGAGUCUUUUAAAGAAACAAUUGGGGUCUACCCAACUAAGUUAUACUCAGAAUAGACUCAUUGAAAUUGAUGGAUCUAAGUCAUGCCCAUUAUUUUCAAUGGAUCUACUCUGCAUAAGACCGGCAUUGGAUACAGCCCUUGUUUUUUCUUCCUUCUUAAGUUUAUUUUCCCUGUUGUUUUUUUUGCCCAAGCAUGGGGCUGCUAGAGAUCGCGCAUGUCAGCAAAAAGAAAAUAGUGUAUGAAAGGAAGUCAUUUAAACUGCUGAGAUGCAGGUUUAAAAACACUGCUUUGAGUGUCAACCUCCUUACUACUAUCUCAGCUAUUGAGAUUCCAUCCAGCAAAGGAAGUAUUGGUAUAAAUGGAAUGCUGAGCCUGAUUUUUUUUUGGGGGGGGGGUUCUUUAAUUAACUGUAGUCCUCACAAAUAUAAUGGGCUAAAAAUCUAAAUUCUUCUGCAGGCAAUAGUGAAGAAAUUGAGAGCAUAUUGGAUGAAAUUGCUGCACUCAGGCAUGCUAUAUCUCACCAGAAUGACGCUAUCACCAGCAUAAUGAAUCCACUGCAACGGAGGGGCCAUCUGUAUUAUGUGCCAUCAUCGCAAGUAUGAAAACUAGAGUGGCAAAUGAUGGAAAGGAAUCAGAUAUGGAGAUCUUUCCCCACCUGCUUUAGAAGCACUUAAAUUAAUUUAGAAAAAUCAUAUUCGGAGAUAACUUGUAAUUUUCCAUUAAUAUAGUUGGGAAAGGUCAUUUUAUUCAAAGUCCUUUGCCUCAAGGAGAGCCCCUUAAAAACAGGAAUUCUCCAAAGUUAACCAUUGAAAUAUUUUGAGCCUUCUGAAUCUGAGGCCUAAACUACACAUUUAUUUAACAAAAUUUAUAUACUGCCCAGUUGUAAAAAGAAAAGUUUACGCUUUUCUCCAAAUUCUUGCUUUUUCCCUUUCUCAGCCAAUUCCCUCACCCCCUUGGAUAGCAGACAUGUGGAAACAUGCCACAACCUGGAGAAAGAAGAAAUGCUGCAGCUUCUGAUAGCUAUUUGUGAUGAAAAUAUAUAUGCCUUGCACAAAUAGCUGAAUAUAAAUCUUUACUUGUCAGGCUGGCAACAUUUGAACAACAAGUAUUAUUUACAAAAUCCUCCAGACAGUGUCUGCAUGAAGUCCCCACACCUGUCACCUUCACAGUGAAGAAAGAACUACGUAGGAUAACUAACUAACUUCCAACUGCCAGCUGCCAUCUCCUUUCUCCAAUACCAUCUAUUCUUUGUGAAAUACAUUCCCAAUGAAAUUACAUUACAAAUACUAACAGUUUGUUGAAUAGCUUCAAGCAAUGCUUAGACAUGGACUGCCUUCAUUUUAUUAAUAGAAUUCUUCAGUUUUUGUGCAGUGCAUUUCCAAACAUGUUGCUCAAGUCUAACUUUUUGCUUUGUGUGUGUUACACCUGCUUGGAGUUUAACCCAAGCCACCACUCAAAAUGAAAUUUACUUAGUCAAAUCUCAGUCACGUUAGUUGCCACUUUUAAUAGGCUUAUAUAUUUAUAUAAUCACUGCUGUUGUUUAUUUAUACAUGGAUAGUUGUUGCAUGCUUUUCUGUUUGUGUCCAUGUAUAUUGAUCAAGAAGCAUAUACUUUCAGGCAGCAUAGUGUUGUCCUAGUGUUGGCUAUUCAUUGUAAAUACCGCUUACUAGAACAAAAAAACUUUCUGUGAUUUGCAAGACAGUAUAAAAUACUCACUUAAAAUACCAAUCAAAAAUGGAAACAAGAGACAUUAAAAAAUGAAAAUAUAAAAUAAAAUCAGUAUUUUUAAAGGACUUACAUCUACUAAAAUCAUGUGUCAAAAAUGCAUGCCUGGGUAUGUUUGCUGGAACAGAAAUGUUUUUAGCAGAUAGUUAGACAUGUUUCGCUUGGUGGAAGAGCUCACUUUGGCAUUGACCAAACUAUUAACUAGCUUAUCUAAGUUGCACAUAGGAGAGUAUUUCCUUCCUUCUGCUAGUGCCUUUAGAUUUUUUGCUCCUUUGAUGAAUGGCCCUUGUUCACCUGUCUUUGCCUUGAACUCUCCCAGUUCCUUAUCAAAGAGCACACAGAUGGCAGCAGGGACUUUCUCCAUGUAAUAUUUGCCUCAACACAAAUUGUUCAUUAUUCUUACUUUCACUUUCUUAAAGACAUCCACUCCUGCAUCUCAGAGUACCAAGGAUUCUGGUGUUGGCCUGCAGUGUCCUAUGUUGACCCCAAUAAAAAAAGGGCAGAGCAAGAAGGAAUGUUCCAUGUGUCCUGCUGCCAGAGGGUGCUUGGUGCAUGCACCAGGCAGGAGUGACCUGCAAGAUUCUCCUUCCAAUGGAGGUAAGUCAGUUGGCUUGUCUUCCCGUGUCUGGCAGUUGUUCUUGUGCUUUUGUUCAUAGCUGUGUAGCAAGAAACUGUUCUCUGCUGGUGUAGGAAAGUCACCAGGUUGGCCUUUUCUCCUCUUGCUAGCUGAAGAGGCAUGGAGGAAAGCUAAGAUAGUUGUCUUCUUAGAACCCCUUUCUGCCUUCCUACUUUGAAGCCUGGCAUGGGCAGACCACCCUAUUUUUGUAGCCAUUCUUAACCAAUAUCCUGACUGCAUAGGAGCAGCUCCAUAUAUAUUGCUCUUAUGUAUUGCUAUUCUAGGGAUUAUUUGUUAUUAUAUUUUAUUUUUUGAUAAGUAUGGCCUAUUUAAUAGCCCCCCCCCCAAAAAAAAUAUUUUCAUCAUGGCACAUAAAAGCAUUUCAUAAAAUUGCAAUAAAAUUAGACAGGUAAACAAGAAAAAAUAACAUCAAAUAUAUAAUCAACUUAUUAAUUUUAUGUAUCUUAUCAUUUUUAUCAUGUUUCUGUCCCCAUCUUAUAUUGAGGGCUUUUAAACUAUGCCUUUAAUCUCUUAACGUGGAUUAUUUUUGUUGAAACCCAAAAUUCAGGGAUCCAAGAAAAUGGAGAAGUGAAGAUUCACAGUGCCUCAUCUUUUGUGCCACCCCCUGGCUCCAUCAUUUACACUCUACUUCCAGAUGGUGCUCCAGCCCCUCCAGCAACAGUGGUGUGUGGCCCACCUUCUCCUGUCUCUGCCAAUGGAGGACCACUUGCUGCUACUACAGUUAUAUAUGGUUCAUGUCCUGCUGGAGCUCAGCUUGUAUAUAGCCCUCUUCCUGCUAACUGUUCAAUGUCUUUUGGAACACAUCACUGCAACAUACCUGAGCAUCAUAACUUGGUAAGAUUCUUGGCUCAUUUGAAAUUAGAGUAAGUAUUUUGCCUUCCCAUUUUCGGCAAUGGGAGGGAAUUAACUGUGUCAUCCCCAGAGCUGGUUUCUGAGAUGUGAUUGAGAAAUGAAGAUGUUUAGGACGUGUUCUUCAAUAUUUUCCACCUCUCUGCUGGUAAAAUGACUACACCAGUGGAGUUUCUGUAGGUGGGGGCCAAGGGGACUUCAGUGUCAUCCUGUUGAGAUACCUACAUUUUCACUGGCAGAGCAGCACUUACACUAGCGACUAGAAGUUCCUUGGGCCCCUUAGUCAGCAAACUGGGGACUUAGCCAGGAGUUUAUAAUUUUUUAAGACCAACUGAUUUCAGCUUUAUAAAGAAGACUCUUUUUCCUGCUGAGUCUUUCAAACAAGGAAAUAUGUACAGCAGAGCUUUCCAAACUUCAUGUUGGUGACACACUUUUUAGACAUGAAUCAUUUCGCAACACAGUAAUUCAGUUCUACUAGCAAACCGGAGAUUCCAGCCCCAGGUGGAGCAGUCACACAACACACCUACACACUGCAACCGACACACUAACGUGUCAUGACACACAGUUUGAAAAGCUCUGAUGUGUAGUAAUGUACUUUGCACAUAUUGGGAAAGAAGUACCAGCUGAUAACACAUGUUGCCAGCAGUGCAUCAUUUUGUGUAGAAGUAAAUUGUGAGUAUAUUCUUAGAAAUAAGUAUUUACCAAUACUGUAGGUAAUUCCAGGGUAGUGAAUCAAUAUAAAACUGGGAGUUUAUUCUUUCUCUUUGGAAGUCUUUAUAUAUCCGUUUUGUUUUAUAUAUCUGCAAUUGCCGUACAAAUGGUUACCUGCAGCACAGUUUUCCAGGCAUUAUUAUUUCUAUUUCACUUUCAUGUAGUGAACACUAUAAUAACUGAUGCUGAGAUUCAUAUCUAAAUAUACAGUGCACAGAGCCAUGGCCAACUGUGACUUCCCAGGUUGUCUCUGCCAUGUGCUUCCACAUCUUUUCAGACAUGUAUCUUCAUUUCAGAUCUUUCUCUGGUCUGAUUCACACAAUGCUUAAUGAUAAUUAAUAAAACUUAGAUGAAGCUGAGGCAUCUGGCAGAUGUUCACUUAAAUUUUGGUUUAACACAUCACAGAAUAGUUAAAAGCACCAGCAAAAGCCUCUAGAGCAGUCUGAUUUUUUUGCAACUCACAGCUUUAUAGCUUUUCAUCAGGGACAGUCCUUUAUAAACCUUGGUUAAUAAGCAAUCUUUAACCUUUGUUAAUAAAACCAUAGUUAAGCUGCUGGGCUGGGUUCACACAUAACACUAAGCUGCAGUUUAAUAUACCAUAGUUUAAUAAACCAUGGUUUAGCAUUCUGUGUCAAUCAGACCACUGCUCAAUGCACAUCAUGCAGUGAACAAGCUGGAAGCAUUAUGUCAGCAAGUGAAGCUCCCUUAUAUAAUCAGCAAGAGUACCCGUUUCAUUGCACUGUUUAUAUUCAUCUGUUGCAGGAGAACGAAAUCUCAAGGCUAAAAGACAGCAUAGAAAACUUAAAGUCUCAACCCAAAAGCAGUUGUCCUAGAUCCUCUCAUCGUGAACAUGAUCAAGAGAUGGAUGAAUUGCAUCAGGGCAUUCAAGAUCUGUUGAAUGAAAGAGAAGAGCUGGAGUACCAAGUAGCAGAGCUGCGUAGAAUAGCCCAGAAACGGAAUAAGCGGAAGUGAGGAUGCUGUAUUAAAUCUUUAACAAGUCUCCUAAGUAUUUUUCCCUCUUUGCUCUCCACUCAACAGUGCCACAGAAGCCUGUUGUGUAUGCGCUUUCAGCAGGGAGAAUCUAAAAACUCCCUGUAGGAAGUUGCUUUCUUCCAAAUCAGAUUGUCCAGUUCUGAUUCAGUAUUGCUUACUUUGACUGGCAGUGACUUUCUGGGGUCUCAGGAAGAAGAAAUCUCCCAUCACAUGCAUAGUCUUCUUUUCUUCUUGCAACUCAGCCCAACUCCUCCACUUCAGACUACAAUAUAUUGGGGGUGAAAGUUGAAUUGCCACCUGCUUACCAUGACACAGUCCUAUUUUGGUUCAAACAAGUCAUCCCCCCCCCCGCCCAGUUGAACUUGCCUGCCCAUCUUUUAUUUUACUUUGCCCACAGAUUUCUUCCAAUGUGAGAUCCUUUACCCAUAGGGUAAUUGCUCCCCCCCCCUUUUUUUUUUUUUUUUAGAGCUGUGGAGAAAGUAAUAGUAGAGGGUUGCAGUAUUGGGGAAAACAGUGCUUGAGUUCCCAGGGGUCAGCCACUUUUUGUUAUUGUUUUUAGAAAGCUAUAUAGGGAGAUCAGCUAAAAUUGAGGGAAAGACAGGGAGUGGGACUUGUGGGUUUUUGUUUGGGUCACCUUCCUUAAGAGAAUCUAGAAUUUUAAAAAGCUAUUGAUGGCUAUUCACUUUCUGCAUUAACUUCUUAACCCUCUUGUGUUUUAGAGACUUCAUUGAUGGGCACCUGAGUGGCCUGAUUUCAGAACUGGAGUUAGAGAAAUCUCUCCAGCACCAUGAAAACAUUGUGGAUGAAAUAGAAUGCAUAGGAAAGACUCUCCUAAAACGACAGGCAGAACUCAGGGAGGCCGACAGACUUCUUGCUGAAGCUGAAACUGAACUUGAAAAUACUCGGGGGAAAGUAAGGAUUUUUAUUACUUUGUUUCAGGAAGAUGCAGAGAAACUUUGAAUUUCAAAGGAGAUCUUAGAACUCCCCACAUCUCUACACUUUGGCUACAAGUAGAAUAGUAGUAUAUGAAAUAGGAGAUAUUUGUUCUAAUGCUUUUUCUUUCUCUAGACCAAAGAGACUAUUCAGAAAUACAACAGUGCUAAACAGCAUUUGUCUCGGAUGGAGAAAGAAGCUGAAGAGCUUGAACGGCGGGCUCAGGUGAUGGCUCUGAAGCUUGUAAAUGCAGAUCAGCAACUAAGGUAAACCAAAAAUGUUAACAUCACAUUAUUUGGUCCUAUAUAGCAAGGGUGGUCAUGCUGUGGUUUAGGAGGCACUUGUGGCUUCUGGGCAGAUGCACCACACAUGACUGAAGAAAGAAAGAAGCUACACACUUGUUUAUGGUUUCACUGGAUCCCCUCAUUCACCACAGUAACUAUGUAACAGCUACUCUGUGAAAGGGACUAGAGUGACAGGCAGACAAAGACACCCUGGUUUCUGGAUCAGCUGGGAGCCUGUUACAAAUGACAUGAUUGUUUUAAUUUUUUUAUAAUGCAGCUGCUUUGGUAAAAUCAUCAAUAUUUCAUUAAUAGUGUUGGUUUGUUUUCAUGGUGUGCUUAGUCAUUUUAUUAUAUGCCUCAUCUGGAGCCUUUUUGAGCCAGCAUCCUAUAUACUAAUGGCAAACUCGGCCUCAAAGUGUGGAUCCUUAUGUAGGACAAAUAGAACAAUUGUCUCAUAACAGGGAUAUAUUAGCAGGCUAAAGCUGGGAUGGGGUAGAGGAAAUAUACCCCUCCAGCAGCCCGGUAAAAGUUGAGCAUGUUCAAUAAAGUUAAUGGAAGUUGAUGAGAAAGGUCCGUUUCUGCAUGCAUACAUGUCUCACCACAUCAUCUGUCUUCCAGACAUAAGCUGUGGGGUCAAAGCAGCUAGGUAGGAUGUACUCACUUUAAAGUGAUCGGUGUAUUGAGGGUGUUGGCUGCAUGAAGAUUCUGAAGUUUUGUUCUUUUGUCUUAGAUUCUAGAACUUGGAACUUUGAUGGCCCAUGAUUUAAGAAUAAAAACCCUAUAAGAAUUUGGACCUAUCAUUGCAAUGCUACUCAAAAGCAAUCAGCACUAGAAAAAGUUUUUUUAAUGCAUUUCAGAUUGCUUCAGGCAGAUGCAAAGGACCUAGAAGAGCACAAGAUAGAACAAGAAGGGAUUCUGAAGGAAAUCAACAAAGUUAUAUCUGCAAAAGAUUCUGAAUUUCAAUCCUUGAGCCAGAAGAUUGAAAUAUUGACUGAAAGGCAAGUUAAAUUGGUUUGGUUUCAAACUCAAGUAUGUGAAAGAUCAUUUUUUCAUGUUAGCUAAGGCAGUCCAUGAGAGUUUUUGUUUUUAAUUCACUUCAAAAAAAAAUCCUCUUGCUACUUUAUACUGCAACAAAUGCUCAUAAUAUGAUACUCCAAAAAGCCGCACAUAAACAAAUACAUUUGUCACUACCUCUGAAAUAUGCCUACACCUGGACAGUAUCCACCUCUCUACAAGUCCUCACUGUUCAAACUUGGUGUUGUGAAAGACUAGAUUCUAGUCCUAGAAAGGGGGUGGCAGAAAGAGAAAUAAAAGGGAUGACCCUGCCCAUUGGUGACAUAUGUCACCCCAACAGUAAAUGAGGCCUUCAGUAGAACACAGGGUUCCCCAUUCCUGAACUAGAGCUUUGUUCUUCAUUUGAGCCUCACACCAGGCCCACCUAUUUAGAUAUUCCUAUCCUCUCUCCUCUAUAAAUUUGUCAGCUGCUCUCAGUGGCUACCAGUACACCAGGCCCUAGAAAUUCUCUUCUGACAGCAGUGUGCUUCAAUGGGCAUGUGGCAUCAGCAAGAGAGGCUUGUUGGAUGCUGAGAUGAACUGAACCAGUGACAGUUCCAUGUGGCUGACUAGCUCAGCAAUUCAGAUGAUCAACACUGGACCACAGCGUAUUUUCAUUUCCUCAAAAAACAUUUUUUGCUUCUAAACUUUUCUAGCCUUCAGAAGCUGCAGGCAGAUAUACAAGUUGCAGAAGGUAAUGAAGAUCACCACCUCCAAAUUCUUAAAGAAGCAGAGAAUAUUCUUCGGAGCAAAAAGAGUGAUCUAAUGAGGCUGAAGGAUCAGGUGAGUAGAAUUGGUGGUACAGCAAAUCCUUCCUCACCCACACUUUGAAAUGCAAGUGGCCCAAGAUGCCAGGCCCAAGAGUAGCUUUCAUGAGAAGGGCAGAAGUCAUUUUUACUGACCAAAGAGAAUGAAAUAUAUCAAUCUUAUUAGCUCACAUUGCUUUUUUAAAAUAAAGCACUUACAGUUACUAAGUACUGUAGAAACAUUUAAAACAUCACAGGCUUUGCUAUCAGGUUUUCAACCUAAAGGCAAACACAAGAUAUGUUGCCGAGGAAAGUGAAUGAAAGUCAUUUGAAAGCAGCCAUAGUGAACAAAAUGUGUCUUAUGGAGGUGCUCAGAUGCAAGCAUGAAGAGAGCUGGAUGUGAGAUGGAAUAGGAAAAGGGAAUAGAAAGGCAUAACUAGAAAAUUGGUACUUGCAGAGUGAAAGAGGAUCACAUAGGAAAAGUAGAUAGAUGUACAAUGAGGCAUUUGAAAACUCAUAUUUUAGUCUAGGGUGAUCUCACAGUAAAUCAGUAGAAAAGAAAAAGAGAUACAUUGACUAAAUAUAAAUAGCUUUAUGUUAUAAAAUGUACAUGAGAGAGCCUGUUUGUUUGUUGCUUGCCAACAGCAGACUUCACACUCAUAGGGCCCCUGCACCUGUUUCCCCUGCUGAAGCUCAGCCUUUCUUUUUCUUUUUCUUUUUAAUCUGUGACCCCUUUUAGCUAACAUAAAACAACCCCCUCCCUUCAAACCUGGCUCCUCUAACUGACUUUUCAAAGGGGUCAAAAUGUUGUGACUAUUAAUUCGAAAGAAAAUCCAGGGCUUAAUAAUAAUAAUAAAAGUUUUUAAAAAGUGCAUUGUGCAUGAUAAACUGCUGUGCACAGUAUAUCAUCCGGUGCAGUGCUUGCAAGAUCAUGCCAAAUGUGCAACUGUGAUGGCAUGCAGAUCAUGUAAUAAGCUGCAUACAGUCUCCUCACCUUCUGAACCUAACACUUAAUACUUUUUUAUUUUAAUAUGCUUUGUUGCUUUUUAACUAAUACUGUGUGUGUGUGUGUGUGAAAAUCCCACCCUGAGAUGUUCAUAUGCCCCCUUGGGGGUAUAUCCCCCUGCUGAGAAACACUGCUUAUAGGUGGUAGUGAUGGUGGUGGUGGUGGUGGUGGUGGUGCUGAUGUUGAUGAUAAGUAUUUAGUUGUGCUUUAGGGUGUUCCCAAAAUAUAAAAAUAAUGUAUUAUCUCAAUAAUCCUUAUAACAAUCCUAUAGACUUACUGUUUUAUCUCUUUAUUAAAGUUAGGAAGGGAACAGGGAGGGGGGUUAGGGAUUUACAGACAUAAUAAUGGACUGCCUGAGACUACCUUGUGAGUUCACAACCAGGAGUGAACUUCAAAGCAAAAUCCCCUUAGCCCAAUAGCUCAGCCAUCACACUCAAUCAGCUCUCGAGAAUAGCAAGUGUCCUCUGCUCAAAGAAUCUCAGAGGUCACAUAGGGAGUGCAUAGUCCCAAAGUGUGACCGAUAAAGACCCACAUUGUGUUUUUCCCUCCUCCUCUCCUCAUUUUUGUAGACUGCAGCUCAACAGCAGGAGCUGCUAAUUUUGGACAGACUGCUUGGUCAAAAAAAUAAAGAGCUCCUCCUCCUCCAAGAGAGCAUUGCUCAGAAAAAUGCUGACCUAACAGAAGCUCUUGGGCAUGGCGAAGCUGAAGUGGCUGAAAAACGGCGACAAAUAAAGGUUUUCUAGUUUCUUGUUUAUUUUGAAGCCAGUUUGGAUUUUUCUUGGAUACUGUUCCCUUUUGAAGGUUUAUAUUGAAACUAUUCCAUUGUCUUAAGUCACAAAAAUUGUGAAUCAAUGUCCAGCUGAUAGUUACAACAAUUUGAAUUUUGUAAGUAAGAUUAUUAGGGGUUGUAUCAAAUGCUAGUUUUACUCAAGAGUAGACCCAUUGAAAGUACUGUGCAUAAAUUAGUCAUUUUUUAUUUUCAGUGGGUUUACUCUUGAGUAGAAUUAGCAUUGGCUAUCAUGCUAAGGUUGCAGUCCUGUUCACACUGACCUGGAAGUUAGUUCCAUUGAACCUAAUGGGUCUUGCAUAGGACUGCACCUAGUGGUGGAGGAGAAAUUCAAUUCUGAUCUCACUUAUAGGUGAAUCUACCUAAUUCACUCUUCCUAAAAUGUUAUGCAAACUGUAACACAGCCAUUAUUUGAAAAUCACACUUCUCUGAAUUUUGCAAUACAGUUCCGUGGCCUAAUAGUUUAUAAAACAAUGCAUAUACUAGGGAAAGUGUACAUAAAAUCAUUACUGUCAGGGAAAUAGCAUUGCAAAAAUGUGUAUAUCCAGGAAAAUUACAUACAAACAUGUAUAUUAAGAGAAAGUCAUUAGAAUGCUGAUGAAUUCACAUGAGGACUUUUUUAAAAUUGGAAACUGGUGUGGAAUAUGGAGAAUAGAACUUAAGAGAAACUUAAGAGAACUUAAGAAAACUGAGAGAAACUAAAAUUGACAGAUUCACCCAUCCCUAAACUGUACUGUCUGUAUAAGCAUACUUUUUAAGCAUGGCAAUUUUUGUUCUUUUGCUUAGGAAGUAAAGUCUUUUCUAGAGGAUCUGAGUGUUCAGAAAGGAGAACUCAAUGCCCAACUAAGUGAGAAAAGAUCCCAACUUUCUCUAGUAACUCAGGAUAUCCAAAAAGAGGAGGAGAAAUUGCAAGACAUCCUGGGACAAAUAAUGAAGCAUAAGACAGGUUUGGCUUAAAAUGAUUCCUAUUUUCUUCACAAUAUACCCAUUUUUGCAAAAACAACCAGGUGACAAGAUUGUGGGUUGCUGUUCCAAUGAUUAAGCUAAUUGCUUAGAAACAACUAAGAAGAGAGACCAAAAACAGUUGGCUUAAACGUAGGUUUCUUGCUUCUUAGGUUAUUUGAUUGCGGAUAGUUUAAAACCUUGAAAUAAAGAUGAAUGUUGUUUUAAACCUAUUCCCAAGACUAGUUUUGCAUGAGAAUGCAUGGGACAGCACUAACACCAUGUGAGGAAUGUUGAGCUGACAGUUCUGCAUGGUUAACAGAGCUACUUGAAGUCUCUUCUAUAGCAGCCUCUGGCUAGUUGCACAUAUCUUAGUUUUUGACAGGGGACGUGGGACAAAUCCCACCUUCAGACCCCACACCUGCUGGAAGGCUACAACUUUUGCAGGAUCUCUGUCCCUCUGUAUAAAUAUUGCAAAUGAGGAUCAAAUCUGAACAGAAUGUGAUUUCAUAGGUUGUGUAAAUUCACAAUGAAAAAAUUAUUCAUAAAGCUCUCCUCUACCAAUUCAGGGCUUAAGCCUGUCUGGCCCAGUAUGGUAAGGAGCUUAAGCCUCCAGAAGUUAUUGGGCUCCAGCUCCCUUCUCCCAUCAACUACAGCCAGCAUGGUGAAGUCAGGGAUGAUUGGAGUUGGAUAUCAGCAACUUCUGGAGGGUUGCAGGUUCCCAGCCCCAGUCCCAAUAGGGGGGUCUUUCCCAGCAUUAUUAUCUGAGGUUUUUUUUAUUGUUGAUGUUUAAACUGGAGAUAGUAGAAACUGAUCCUGGGGGGCUGUGUAUGAUUCAGUUGGCUUAUUUGGAACUUACCUAGUUUUGUUUCUGCUGUCAAAUUAUUAGAACUCAGGCAUGUUCUUGAAAUGUUGUGCCUCAAAAAUGAUGAACUAGAAGGCCUAAAACUCCAGCAAAGCCAAAAAGUUAAUGAAUUGGAAAAAAUGCAAGUUGCAGUCCUGGAGGUAAGUGAGGGUUCAAUUUGCCAUGAUUCAUACGAGAGAGAAAACAUUUUACAGAGCAGCUUGCAGGCAUCUUUUAUCUCAGCAAGAUCUAUGUUCACACAUUACCUUUAUAAGUUCUAUCCCAUAGGUAGGCUAUAUGGAAAUGACAUAGGAAGUGUGGUUUCUCAAACUUACUCAAAGUAUCAGUAGGGCAGUCAGAGUGCAGGUUUAUGAAAACUUUCAUAAGUAUGUAUCCUAAAACAAAGGAGCUGGAAUAAUAGUGUACAUAAAGCUAUGUCCUACUAGGCACAAGGCAAGCAUGGCAAAUAGGAGCACUGUGAAGUAAAAUCCAAUCUGCUCCACUGUUUCAUUUGUGUUUAAUUUCUAGAAGAAACUUGAGUUGGAGACUCUCCAGCAAGCAUCUCAGCAGCAGUGCAGGGAAGUGGAACGUCAAAGGCAACUUCUUGAGAGGGCUCAACAAGACACUGAGAGGCUUAGUUCCCAGCUCCAUUCUCUGCAAAACAGUAUCAAGGCAUUGAGCACUGAGAAGCAAAAGCUGGAAGAAAACUGUGAGAGUCUAGAGGAGAAAUUGUCGCAAACCAAAAGGUGAAGGGGAAAUGUUGCUUAGAAAAAAUAUAUUGUAGUAUUAUGAAGGAGAUUCUCUUUUUGGAUAAUUCCGUGAUUUUGUGGCAUGAUUUUUGUUCUCUGGAUUGGGUAAAGGAGGCGUCCACUAAUGGGUUAAGUCUUUUUCCAUCCAGCAAUUUUGUAGAUUAUCCACUGCCUUCUGGUCACUCCCCAGGUUCCAUUUGUGGCCUAGCCUGUAGGCAGAAAUCUGAUGGGGGGAAAUGAAAACUUUUCACUUGAGGAAAAUAAGUAUAAAGAAGAUAGAGGGGAGUAUGACACUUGGAAAGAAUCUGGCAUGAACAUGCAAGCAUCAGGUUAGGCUUGAAAAGCUUGGAUGGGAACUGUGUGGGAAUAAGUGAGAGGUAGACCAGUGCUUCUUUCACUCCAGAGAAUGUACUUCUUUUCUCUGAUAAGCUGGAACAUGUGCAUAGGAAGGCAAUAUGAUCUAGGGUCUAGAAGCCAAGCCUUAUGAGGAACGGUGGAAGGAGCUGGGUAUGGUUAGCCUGGAAAAGAGACUGAGACCAGAUAUGAUAUCCAUUUUCAAAUAUCUCAAGGGCUGCCAAAUGGAAGAUGGAACAAGCUUGUUUUCUCCUACUCUAGAGGGUAGGACUCAAACCAAUGGCUUAAAGUUACAAGGAAGGAGAUUCCAACUAAACACCAGAAAAAACUUUCUAACAGUAAGAACUGUUUGACAAUGGAACAGUCUCCCUCGGGAGGUUGUGGUCUCUCCUUUCUUGGAGGUUUUUAAGCAGAGGUUAGAUGGCCAUCUGUCAUGGAUGCUUUAGCUGUGAUUCCUGCAUUGCAGGAGGUUGGACUAGAUGACCCUUGGGGUCCCUUCCAACUCUAUGAUUCUGUGUUUCAUGGGGCCACUAGUGUUUAUUUAAAUAAAAGCAUGCAGUAGCCAAUCACCAGACUGCUAUAUACCAGGGACAGGGAACCUGUGUACUGGAAACUAGCAGUAUAAACUUUACUAAUAUGCUCUAAAAUAGCUGUUAUGGCUCAAAAGUCCUGGUCAACUUGAGAUCUUUUUGGUGAUGACCGCUCUGUAUUCCCAUUUUAAUGUUUGCAAGGAAAUUUAAACUUGUCAAAAAUAUCAACAUGAACCCAGAGUAAAAGUUUAUCUUAUGCCAUUUUACAGAUCCUUGGCUUCUGCCGAAGAUAACAAUAAAGCCACUCUCACCAGCAUAGAGAAAAUGGACUUAGAGGUCCAAAAACUGCAGCUUGAUAUUAACCAACUACAAAAGCACAAAAUGCUUUUGAAUGGCAACAUUACUGACUUACAGAAGCAUAUUCAUGGUAAAUAAUAGCUUUCUGGAUUCCAACAAAAUAGUCAUCUUUUUUAAAUAUAUGCCUAAUGUAUGGAAUUUCUUUCCAUAUCCAGUAUUUGCACCUUCCUAGAUUAUUGUAUUUUCUUUCAACGAGCUGUAAAAUGUAUUUUCUGUAGAAAAAAAGGAGGAACUGAAUAUUUUGAAGACUGAACUGAAUGAUUCCAGGCAGCAUCUUCAGCUAUUGGAACAGGUUGGUUUGUAGCAUUGGAGUAUAACGAUAAGAAGCCUACAACUGUAUUGAAAGAGGAAGCCUUUAUCAAAAAUUAACAACCCAAUCCUCUCCGUGCUUAACUUGGGUUUAUCUCCCAUUAUGUUGGAAGCUGCCCAAAAAUGGCUUGGGCAACCCAGUCAUAUUGGUGGGGCAAAAGUAAUAAAUAAUAGGUGGUGGUGGUGUUCAGCUCAAAGGGAUUCAUCUUCCGAAUAAACAUACAUGGGCUGAGAGAAGGCAUCUACAAAUAUGCCAUUUUGAGAGUUGUGACUGCAAUUUUUCACCUAUGGUGUGAGCCUAGCUCAUGCAUGACAUCAUUGCUUGGCAGCAGUGGUGCAUUUUGUAGGUACCUGAAGUCUCACGGCUGAAACAUGUUGGAGUGCAACAUUUAUUUGCAUGUGUUUCCUUUUUUGUGUUUUGUUUUCUGGAUUUUCUUGCUGUGAAAUGACAGGAUGUGAAAAAUGCCACAAAGCAAAAAGAGGAGCUACUUCAAGAACAAGCAGCUCUGAACAACACCAUAACAGAAUCUUCAAGAAAGUGCAGGGAAUGCCAGGAAAUACAGAAGAGGAAGGAGAACGAGCUGCAGAAGCUUUGCAGGGAAAUAGAAGAGCACGAACUACAACUGAGCAAACAGGAGAUGGUAUGUGUUGCUCUCUCAUGAAUGAUCUGCUCAGCUUGUUUUCUUCAUUUUAAAAGAAUCCAAACUGACUAGUUCUAGAAUAUAAGGAUAACUCAUCUUAAAGACACCAGCUCUAAGUAAAUCCAUUUAUAGAGUGGGAGCUCAAUUAGAGAACGUAUAUUCUGAUCUCGGGGAGCAUAAACUGCUGCCUUGUGCUUAAUCUGAACUAUAAUCCAUAUUCUGAGUGGCAGCAGCUCUAUGAGAUCUAAGUAGGAAUCUUUCCCAGUCCUUUUGAUUAGAGGGGCCAGAAAUCAACCUGGCACCUUUUGCAUAUAAAGCAUGUGUUCUUUCACUGAGCUGUGACCUUUCCCCAGUUACUUCCUAAAUUUAAAUACAGUAAUCAAAGUGUUUAUCUGAGAAUGAUGGAUGACAUCCCCAUAUUCCAUACUGGAAGGAGCAAGCAAGAGAAUCCCCUGGUCCUGUUGUUGUCUCUUGAGUGCUUGCCUUUUCUUGGCCUUGUGCGUUUCCUAUUGUACAUUUUGCGAGCUGCUGAUUUUUUACCCACCGUAUCUCAACCCAAAAGAACUGUUUUGACCUCCCUCCCAGCAGAAGUCCACCCACAUCCUCCACCUGGUUGUGAUGCUCUGUGAUGAUGGCAAGAAAGAGCAAUGUCUUCAUCAAGUAGCGUCUUUAUGGAGUGGUUGGGCAGGGGACAUUCUUCCCUGGCCCCACUUAACCCUGAGAUACUGUAUUAGAAUUUAAAAUACCUUGCAUAAAAUGUAUCAAGCUCCACUUUGAAAAAGGAAAAUUUUCAGCUCAGAGCUUUUAUAUAACUAAAGAGACAGAAAGAAGAGCAGCUGCCUGUGAAGGUCAAUCCCCACCCCUGCACCCCACCCCUUGCAAUUGAAGGUUCACUCUUGACGUGUUGUCCUUGACCAGGUCCUUCAUCACCUCAGGGAGGACAUACAACAUGAAGAAAAGACGCUAGAGAAAUGCACAGCUGAACUGAAGGAUCAGAAACAGCUGUUGGAACAAGGACUAGCAGAGCAGCAAUACCAGCUGGAACAAGCAAUUGCUAAAGUUCAAGGAAAAGAAGAACAGAUCCAGAAGCUUCAAGAGGAGGAGUCAUGGUGCAGAGCUCUUGAAGAAACAGUCAGCAAAACCCGUACGUUGAGAUAAAGGCUGCAACAGCCACUGAUGCAUUUUUAUAAAGUUACUUUUUAAAAAAAAAAAAAGUAUAUGAAGAAGUCCUAAUAUAAACUCUGUAGUAUUAUGGCCUCAUUGUGGAUGUGGAACUCUCAGAUUGAGCUACACACUGAACUGUACAAUCCCUGGAUAGUCAUAGUCUCAAAAGAACCUUGUGAGAGAGGUUUAAAUGCUUCUCUAACCUCUUUAGCGAAAGGGAAGGAUGUACAUGUAAUAAAUUAAAAUUGCAUACAGUAUGUAAUAUUUUAAAAUUGCAAAAGUACUUCUUCACUAUAUAGAGAACUGAAAUUUGGUACAUGCUUUUCUGGUGACAUAGGCUGAAUGAAUCUUCUUGAUUCCAGGACAUCAGCUCUCUGAAAAAGAACUGAAGUUGCAAGAAAAAAAUGGUGAGGUUUUAUCCCUCCAAAGGGAGCUAGAACUCUCAAAAGCCAAGGAAACAGUGCUCCAUGAUCAGAUUCAAACUGAGAGGGAAAAGGCUGAAAAGCAAAUAGAAGGACUGAAGGAAGCCAUCAAGAUGCAGAAGGCCCAACUCGAGAGAGCACUUCAUGUACGUGGUUUUGUUUUUGUUGUAAUAAAAACUGUGAUAGUUGGUUGAACCUGAUUCCCACUGAAAUCAAUGGGACUUGGCUGCUUCAUUUCAAUGGAAUAUAAAUUCAACCAAUUUAGGCUGCAAUCUAAAUCUCCUUUGCACCAGAUUGAGGGAAGGGAGUGUAUUGGAGGGAGGUACCCAGCGAGGGACUGAACAAGCACAGGAUUCACUAUAUCCCAAGCUGGCCCCACUGUUGCUAUGUUGUAGGCCUCCUCUUUAUGAAAACUUGUGAGGUAGGUCAGUAUUCUUAUUCUUAUUAUUAUUAUUAUUAUUAUUAUUAUUAUUUUAUUUCUACCCCACCCAUCUGGCUGUGUUUCCCCAGCCACUCAUUACUGUUGGGGAGGGGAAAGUUCACCCAAAGCCAUCUUCUGACUCCUUUGCAAGGUUAAAGCUAUGCUUUACACAGGUCACUCUAUUAGCUGCUGCAAUCACAUGUGCAUAAUUAAAUGUCAUUUGCCAUGGGUUGGGCCCUGUCAAAGCACUGUUACCUGGAUGGUAAUUAUCAUGCCAAGUUUUUGUUUCACAGGAGCAUAACUGUUCAUCUGAAGGAAAACAAAAUAUAAAACUGUGAACAUGCCCACCCACCAAUUUUUAUUUUAGGAACAAAAACAGGAAAACCGCUGUUUGCAAAAAGAAGUUGCCUCCAUAGAGCAAGUGGCACAAGACAACCACCUGCGAGCAAAGCAGCUUAUGAGGGACCUUAGCCAGAUCCAAGUAGAGUACAUGCAGCUCAAGUCACAGGUAGGACUUGGAGCCAACAAAUUGCCUCUCUAUGAUGCGCUACAUCCUGCAGAAAGGUGGGCUACCUUCCCACCUUCCUUUGUAUUUUUUACACUAAAUACAAAAGAAUAGGGAUCAUCAGUAGGGUCGAUGACCAUUUCAUGUGGGGGUUCCGUUCCUGGCCCUUGUGCAUGUCAACAGAGCGCAUGUAAGUGCGCCCUGCACUGCCCACGUCACCCUUUUAGUGACAUGUUUUGUGACAUUUUCAGUCACUUCUGGGUUUGGCACUGUGCGCACAUGUGCAAUCACAUGUCUUUUGGACAUGCGUUAAUCAGUCGUUGCCUGUAUAUCUAUAGUGCAAAAAAAGUGGAUGGAGAGUUUUCCUCGCUGUUUCCCAUAAACAUUAAAACUCAGGAUUAUCCAAUGAAAUGCACAUUCAGGGUGAGCAAUAAGGGAAGACUUCACAAAAUGCAGAAUUAAUUUAUGUAAUUUGUUGCCAUAAGAUGUGUUUAUGACUACAGAAUUAGAUAGCCUUUGAUAGACCUCACCUCCUCCAGGAAAAAGCUAUCAGCCAUCCAUGUUCAGAGGCAGCAAAUCGCUGAGAACAAACAACACAGGACAUCUAUUUACUUUCAUGCUCUGCUUGGGGAUUUCCUAUGGGAAGGAAGCAGGUUGCUAGACUAGAUGGAAUUUGAUCCAGCUAAGAUCAUUUUGAAUGCUUCCACAAGAACAGUUUCAAGGCAGGCUUGACUUCUAACAUUGCUCACUUUAUAACUCAAGAGCAAUGGCUUCUUUUACACAUACAGAGGUUUGGUUCCAAGGGUUCUAUGUAUACAUGAAAACACACAUACUCAAACCCUUGGAGCCACACCCUCAUGUGCAUCCCUAACCUUCCAAAGAGCUUUUAAAUUCUCUCUUUCUUUACCUGAGAAGGCCCACCCAGCACACUGGCUCUGGGAUGCUCUCACAAGAUCUUGCAAGGCCAUCAGAGUGCCUGCAAGACCUUGUACAACCAUCCCAAGGCUUCCAAAGCCAGCACUCUGAAAGGCAUUGCCUAGUAAGCAAGGCAAAGAGCUUAAAAGCUGUUCUUGCAUGCAUUUAAUUUGCACAAUUUCAACCAGCCAGCCUUCAAACAUGCAAGGUUAAAAUAGUACAAGUUACAUGUGCAUAAAAAAUUAUUGUAAUGUAGCUACAAAAUCUGUAGCUCCAAGCUGUGAUUUCAGUAGGAGAAUUAAGCCUGGGCUCAAAUAUUUUCUGUUGGCUUACACUCUGGUUGGAUUAUGUGCCAUUUUUUAUCAUGCCCAAAGAAAUCAAACUCCUCAUAAGGAGGAAAUCGUCAUCACCAACAGUACAAGCUGGAAUUGUGUACAGCAGUAGGUCUUGCCUAUAUUUUUAAUACUUAAAGGGUGGUUGUAUGGAAGUGGCUAAGGGUGUCUUUGUAAUUUGAUAAAUUAGUUUUCAUUUGGCCAAUUUUGUGCCCACAUGAUUAAAUAGCUAAGUUUUGACUACUAUGUCAUCCAGCCAUUAACAUAGGUUGUUCAGUUACUCAGCAGAUUCCAUACAAUUACUUGUGGGGCUAUUGCCACAAACACAACCAAGCCAAGUCACAUAGAGAUGGCAGUUACAGGAUGCAGCUGUUGCAAUUUUUGAGAUAAUGGAGGCCUGAAGAAAGACAAAUUUCACCUGUGAUGUUACCAUUACCUUAAAAAGGUAAAGGUAAAAAUACCCCUGACCGUUAGGUCCAGUUGUGGGCGAUUCUGGGGUUUUGGUGCUCAUCUCGCUUUAUAGGCCGAGGGAGCUGGCUUUUGUCCACAGACAGCUUCCGGGUCAUGUGGCCAGCAUGACUAAGCUGCUUCUGGCGAACCAGAGCAGCUCAUGGAAACGCUGUUUACCUUCCCGCUGGAGCGAUACCUAUUUAUCUACUUGCACUUUGACGUGCUUUUGAACUGCUAGGUUGGCAGGAGCAGGGACCGUGCAACGGGAGCUCACCCCGUCGCGGGGAUUCAAACCACCAACCUUCUGAUCGGCAAGCCCUAAGCUCUGUGGUUUAGACCACAGUGCCACCCACGUCCCUUUACCAUUACCUUAUUCUCACAUAAGCAGCAGUUCCUCCAAUGCUAGCCAGAUUAGGAGCCCCACCAGUGGCCCUAUUCAUUUCUGCAGCUGAUCACAUAGGGCCUGCUGGGUGUCUGCAUUGGGUCUGGUUUGCUAAUUGGCUGUUAAUCCUUAGCAUCCUCUCUGAAAUCCUGCUGUCUCACCCUUGUGUUCCAUUGCUUAGAUGAAGAGUCAAGAGAAUUUAGAGAAACAACACAAAGAGAUGAAAGGGACAGUGAAGUCACUUAAGCUGGAAGUGAAAGACAAAAUGAGAACCGGUUUGAAGGAUCUGAGUCAAUCCCCUCAAAAGCUUUUGGGAGAACUGGAGACUACUUUUGAGAUUGAAAGAAGACCUCAGAGUGACUUGGAAAGUCUGAAGGAAAAUUAUCCUUUCACAAAUAAUGAGGGAAGAAUGCUGUGCUUCGAUGAAAAGCUGGACCUUUCCAAAGUCCACAUCACGGUAAACACAACCCUACUAAAAUCAGUGUUAAAAAAAUCAGAGCUGCUUCAGACCAUCAAUUUUGCAUGCAAGCAAGAAUCAUUCUUCCUGUAUUGUGUGUCUUAUGAAUCUCAGUUUGAAGCAACCAACUCCUGCAUCUUCCCUGCUGUGGUACACCUGCAUUGGAAACACAAACGCAGGAAGCUUUCCCCCCACACUCAGGCUCCUAGACUUUGAUCUCUGCCACUUACGGUCCUUGUUUCUAUUUCUUUAAAAAUAAAAAACUAGAGGUCUAAAACCUGUUUUAAAUAAAUAAAUCCUGAACUCAUUGAGCUGCUGGAACUUGUAAGUAGGGUUCUGUAUUUAAGCAGAGUAGCUGCAGCUGCAUGGUGUUCAUAGCCCUGCUAGUUUAUGAUGUCACUGUCCUAUGUUCAUUAUAUGAUGAUUACCAACCAGCAAAUCCUACCUUAAUCUUUUUAUCAGGCCACCUGUUUCAAUCUGUUCUCUUUUCUCUCAAGGAUGAACAAUGGCGUGGAAAAGCACGCCGAGAACAGCUGCAGCACCAUGAGGAUCGGCUCAAGGUACCACAACAGUUCAUGUACUAGGUUCCCAGCCUUUGAGUGGGGCAGGGGGCUAAUAUUUCCAGUUAUUGUGGGGGUCAUAGUUUUCCUUGAUAGUAUGUACACCUUUUCCCCCCGACGGGGUGUGAUCCUGUUGUUCUGUCCCAGCUCCUGCCCACUUAGCAGUUUGAAAGCAUGUCAAAGUGCAAGUAGAUAAAUAGGUACUGCUCCAGCGGGAAGGUAAACGGCAUUUCCGUGCUCUGCUCUGGUUUCGCCAGAAGUGGCUUAGUCAUGCUGGCCACAUGACCCAGAAAAACUGUCUGCGGACAAACAUCGGCUCCCUCGGCCUGUAAAGUGAGAUGAGUCGUCUGCAACUGGACCUAACGGUCAGGGGUACCUUUACCUUUACCUUUAUGCACCCCUUUAUUGAUAUAGCACAGAAUUAUCUAAUAAACCAGUCAGUUAACUCAGUGUGUUCUUUAAGGCUCAGCUUCGUCAGUGCAUGUCAAAGCAAGUGGAGGUGUUAAUUAAAGGAAAACAGCAGACUGAGGGCACCCUCCAUAGCCUGAAGAGGCAAGUUGAUGCAUUGGAUGAACUAGUUAGCAGUACUUCAACCGACUCGCAGUUUCCGUCCUUGAACUCCUCAGGGUUAACUGACUCUCUGCACGAAGAGUCAAUUCUCACAAUGAACCAGGUAAGUUUCCACAUUGAUUUGGAUUUACUGCUUCUGUGUAGGAGAGAGCCUUUCUAUUUUCAUUUAUUUUAAAGUAUACCCUGCCUUUUGAUCAAGUGAUGAUCAGUGGCUUACACCAGAAAAAAAUAGCCAAUGGCUCUUGUUCCUCUGCUGGGGGCAGGGUCCAGAGUGUCCUCCUUUCCCUCCUUACCCCUCCCAGAACAGCUGUUGAAGCAGUUCUUUCUGGCUGGAGGCAACUAGUAGAAAACUUUCUCCCCAUGUCUUGGGUUUGCUUGAAUAUCAGAAAUUAAUUCUCUGUGGUCUGAAUAUGCAUUGGCUUUUCACAUGCAUAUUUUCUAAAAAAUUUGGAGCUUAAUUGUAUGUUGGUUUUUAACAGGAUUUUGUGAUAGCUUUGUGUUAAAAUGUGUGUCCCUCCAUGCAUAACCUGAUACGUCAACAUUUCAUCUCACUGAGACUGUUUCUCCCAAACUACACCCACCUGUCCCCCAUCUGAUGUCAGCUGUGGGGCAGGUGGAGAUGUGGCUAGAUAGACUGUGGAACUGAUCCCUGCAGAAAGCAGUCCUGUCAGUCUUAUGCUCAGCACUUGGGGAGCACUGAGCACAGGACUUGCGAAGUGCUUUCCAAAUGCCCUAACAAUCACCUGGCUGCUGGGCGCUGGGAAAGCACUGCACAAGGGACAUCCCAACCAUCUAUCAAAGUUGGGCUGAUAAGGGCUGAUAAGGAUCUGGCCCACUGAGCCAAACAGGCUUUUCACUCUUGAUUCUCUGAAAGCAGGGGUGUGUGUCUUGAAAAUUUAGCUGCUUCUCUUCUAGUUCAGUCCCUGCUUUCACUCAAAGCAGAUAUGUUCUUUUUCUCCUAUUUUUGUUUCUGAUCAGUUUUUUGUUUAGCAUUUCUUUAAAUUCCUUAGUAUCCUUUCUCUCCUAUUUGUUUCUACUUAAUCACUCUAGUUUGUAUUUUGCUUUUUUCCUUACCUCUUUGCUGUUGGCUCUUCUUGCCCUCUGUUUGUUUUGUGAGAUGGUUGCAAUAACCAAAGCUAAAAUAAAAUGCAUAUUACAGUGGUUAAGAAAAAGCUUCCCAAAUGGCUGCCUUGGAAUAAACUGCCAUGGAUCUCUUUCAAGUCCUUUUAGUAGACUCUCCAGUAACAGGCUUUCUCUGCAGAGCCAAUUGCCUAGACUAUAACAAGUUUGCUUCUAGUUAUAUCCUUUUACUGAACCACCUUGUUAGCAGUUUAUAUUUUGUAAGGGUUUUCAGCACAGAGUUUAACACAGGAGGAAGGGACUGGGAGAUGUACUACUUUGAGCAAUGAAUUUAUUCACUUUGAAUGCUUAUCUUGAAUAAAAGUUUUGUGUAUCCUUUCUUUUUAUAUUUUACCAAAUAUUUUAGCCUGCUGUAAGUCUUACAAUAAUAUAAUCAAAAUAAUAAUCAUAGGGAUUAUGCUGCUAUUAUCCAUAUCCCAGAAGAAAGGAAAGUCAAGGGCUCUUGCAAUGUGUUGUCUUCUCAGUUUUUUUGCUCAUUGAAUGGGGACAUCUUUUCUAGUUUUCUAGAUCUCCUUCCAGGACAUCAACAGGUAUUUCAACACAAUCUCCAGGUAUUCAUCAGUCCAAGGCAUAAUCCCAGUAGGUAAGAGUGGUGGGGUGAUAACAGUGGAAUGUGUGGAAUUGAUCAAUAAAUGUUAAAAUUUAGACUGAAAUAUAAACACAAUUUCUAGGGCAGUGUGACUGUGGCCCUCCAUUGGUCUGUGGCAUAGCCAUUGGUCAGGCGUAAUGGGAACUGAAGUCCAGCAACUCCUGGAGGGCCACAGGUUAGCCACCUCAUUCAAGGGAGUAUGUAGUUCUUAUUUCUAAGUAUGACACUUUUUUUUGAAAGUCUAGCAUCUGUGUAAUCAGCCUUCCUCCAUGUAACUCGGGGGGCGGGGGGGGGGAGUUACAACUCACACCUAUAUCUUGCAUCAAACACUGAGGCCAUGCUCAUGAUUUAGGACACUUAUGCUUACAGUUUUUAAUUGCUAAUGGCAGCCUUCCCCAUCCUGGUGCCCUCGAUCUGCUUUGUACAACUCUGCGUAGCCCCACAUUGGGGUAGGGUAACCUGUGGAGAGCAGUGCAUGAGGUUCUUUUACAUCCACUGUAGGGCAUUCCAGAACCUUAAGUAGGAUCCAAGCCUGUUCCCUGUUCUGGAGCAGGAAAAGCUCACAAAAGCAGGGGGAGGGGGAGACACCACUCUAAGGUCACAUCUUGCCACAGGAAAAUGAGGAGAGGACAUAAUUGCCCUCAUCUAACUGUUCCUCCAUAGCUCCUCCAGAUUUGCAGUCUCCUGCCUGUUGUUCUUACAAGCACAUAAUUAAGAUUACACCCCCACUGAGUGAUGAGCAGGACUCCUUAAAGUCUCCAAAUCAUGGAAUUCUGCCCAUGGUCUCCUGGCAGCAGUUUUGCCUUCAAGCAAUGGCACAUCAGCCCUGAAUAAAGAGCGCCUGGGUUGGACCAGGCGGAGGACCUCUCCCACCUAAUCUGAGGUGUUAGUGGAAGCAAUGCCAGGGAGCUGUCAGAGAACCUGAAGACAUUUUCAGUCUCUCAGGACUAUCUUUCCCCCCUAGAUUUUAUCUCCAGCAUUGUUGGUCAAGCCCACAUACAGACCACUAUUAAAUUAUAGCACCUCUGCCCUGGAUGAGGUCACACCAGCAGUUCCCAAUGGAGUAAAGGUCUUCCUAAGCCUAUAACAGUACCCUUCACAGAGUUUGACAGGGUGUGUAAUGUUGAAUGAACCAAUCUUCCAAAAGGUAAAGCAUUUCUGGGUGGCAUAAUCCCCACUGCUCCCUAGUGGACCAUUAUCAUCUCUUUAGACCUCAUCUGUUUCUAGAGCGGCCUCCUUGCUGUAGUGAUCUUUACUUCUCCCUGCUGCACAUUGUGUUGGAUUCAUUAUUUUUCUAUAGUCAUAAAAGCUAUGUGGUGGGUUACCUUGCUUUUCUAGUACUGUACAUUGUGGGGGAAGCUAGGUAGCCCCUUCCACUGGAGAGCAUCAGUUGGAUUGAACCCUAUCUUGUCACCUAGAGGGAGGUGCUCUUGCCAGCCUUCUGGACUGCCCUUCCUAGAUGCAGAGAAUAAUUAAUUCAUGGUAAGCAGCUCCCCUUUUCCUAGCUCUGCUAGCAGUUCAGAAGGUGACAGCUUACCCAGAACCUGAGGCAACACAGUACCUCAGUUUACUUCCAGCCAGACCAGCAUCACCUUUCAUGCUUAAGAAAUGACUUCUGCUAAAAAGUUAACUGAAAAUCCUUUGUUAAUCAAUCAGUAAAUUGGUAUGAUUGUAACCUUGCUUGCCAUUUGCAGCAAGCAUAUUUUACAGUAAUCACUGAAGUUUAUUAUUAUUAUUAUAGGUAAGCAGCAAAAUGCAGCUGUAUUGGUGCAGCCCGUGCCAAUAGCCUGGCUUUGAAGGGAUCAGAAGACUACCUCAUUGGUUUCCAAGUCCCUGUUAACAUUCCUAGACAUUUUAGUUGUGAACUCAGGUGUUUUUAUUAUGUAUGCACACUUACUUGAAUUUUUAUUUCUAUGGAGCACUUCUGCAAUGCAAGCUAGAGUGUAGCAUUUGCAGUAUUGAAAGUUACAGCCAUUGAUGUCUGCAUCCUUUUGUUUGUGGGGUAGGGGUGCAUGCAUUUAUUUAUAUGUGGGUGAAUGGGCAUAAGAUUUUUAAGCAUUUUUAGUGAAAAUUUGUAUUCUGUUGAUUUUUUUUUUUACAAAAAUAAAUAUCCCCUCCCCCCAAAAAAAUACACCUUGCGUUUUCUUCUGCUUUCUGUAAACAUAAAUAUUUAGUGACUGGUUGUUCCACCAGGUUCCUAUGCAUAUCUAGGAUGUUGCAAGGCAGGGAUGGGAAACCUCAGGCCAAAAAGCAAAGUACAGCCUUCCUAGGCUGCUUUACGUAUCUAGUCCUUGGGUAGAUACCCUUGUGUCAUGCAUUCUUUGCCUGCAUGGUGUGUUUGUGUAGAAAUAUCAACCUGUGCGCAGCUGGAAUGUUGCCUACUUUACAAAUGCAAUGGAUGUGACUUUUUGAAACUAGCUCCUGUAAGGGAUCAAGGCUCUCUGAAAAUGUUGCCCACCUAAGGGAUUUGAAUGUGUCCUAGAUUUUGCAGCAAUUAACUGCUUCCAUAUUUCCACCAGAAGCAAUUUACUCCCCACUAUGAACGAGGUAUUUAAGGUAUGGGGGUUGUCUCCAUCUACCUACUUAGAAGAUGCAGGGUCAUGUGACUUAACUUUUAUACAGACUGGCUGUCUCACCUCACUUCCCCUCCUCACCCCCCCCCAACAGAGCUUUUUCUCAGUUUACACACGUUUUGUCUCAGCUCUUAAUUCUGUUGCAGUUUACCUCAAAUAGUACUUUAUUCUAAUUCCUGCUUAAACUCUUAAAAUAAAAAGUAACUUUCUCCUCUAUUUCUCUCUCUUUCCACUCCCAUUCUGUGAUCCAGGACUGCAGUGGAUUCUGCCACAGCAAAUGGCUGUUGUCCAUUUGAGCUACUGUGGAAAACUAGCAUAAACUUUAUUAACAUAGCAGAAGCUGACGUUUGCUCACUAGGGGUUGUUCUAAGUAGACUCAUUGGAAGUAACAUGACGUUACUUUGUUGUUGUUGUUUAGUCAUGUUCGACUCUUCGUGACCCCAUGGACCAGAGCACGCCAGGCACUCCUGUCUUCUGCUGCCUCCCGCAGUCUGGUCAGACUCAUGUUUGUAGCGUCGAGAACAAUUUCAGUGGUGUCUACCAUUUGAAUAAAAGGGUGGAAUACAAAACAACCCUUAGCUAUUUUUUACUGGUCUGAAUGUUGAGAUCCACCACGCAUACUUGAAACUUAAGCAAUGCUGCACUUACAAAAAUGAAGUGAGCCCCCUUUACCUAACAAUAAUAAAACAUGUGCUUUUCAAGAUCAGUUUUUCUUCCAUCAAACUGAUUAUGCAACUUCACAAUUCUUCAGUGAUAUUCUCCAAUGAACUUUAAUGAUUAAGACUGACGAGAUCCAAGAGCAAGUAGAACCAGAAAGUUCAAAAGCAAAGCUCAAGAGGGAGAACUGUACUUUCCACCAUUCCAAAUCUAGGGCUAGGUAAUGCUGCAUUGGGUGGGAUUUUCAACACCAUUCCACCAUGUGUGAGGAUUGCCCCUGUUAAAAUGGGAACUUGAUUUUUUUCUAACAGUUUCCUCUAUUUGGAGAGCCUACCUUUCAGCCAAGAUUAAUCCACAGAAAUGUACAUUAGUGAUAAAUGAGUGUUUUCUAGCAGCCUUUCUGGUUGUUGCCUGUUUAUAGCAAUAAGGUUUUAGGCUCUUCCCUACAGGUUUAGAUAAAAAAGAAGAUCUGCAACUAGACUUGAGGACUGGUUGAUGGUGAAGCAGCACAUCUGUUGGUCUUAACAUUCUGUGCUUUAACUAAGUGUUCUGCAAAAGGCUUUAAAGUCUAAAGGCAAGCAUGCUGAUUGUGCUUCAGCUACAUAGGUAUGUAGCAGCUCACCUAGAAUGAUGGCGGGGUUUUUUGCUUUCACACUACCAUAAAUAUUCAUAGAGAGCAGGCUAGGGAGGAUUAAGUUUGAUACAUUAUACAAUAAAGCCAUCUAUCACCUUCUGUGACAAAUAUUACACGGGUCUAGAACCUUCACACAUGGAAUAAUAUAGCAAAACUACAACAGGUUUGUGGUCUAGUGGGUUCAUAUAAAAAGGGAUACUUGCUUCAUGUGACCCACAAUCCACACCCUCUUGACUGCACAUCUUCAAAGAACGACCACUGUCAUUUAUCUAGAUACAGGUACUUUAUUUACAAAUAUUUAGAUAAUAGCAUUGUUACAAUAAAUGAGUACAGCAGCCCAAAUAAGUCCUGUCACAGAAACAAAGACCUACUGUAACUUAUAAUUUGGAGGAUAUAAGGGGGGGGGGGUAUUGCACCACCAACAAGCUGCAGAAAGUGAUUGCCUUUGCCCAAACUUAAAAUUGUAUAUCAACUGGUCAUGGUCCCCGGGCAAAAACCCCACAUGGUGCAAUCCAAGCUGCAUCUUUUGUAAUACCCAUCUAUUUUAAGAAUCUUAGGUUGGGGGAGAGAAACCUAUCCAGAGCCAAACAAAAAGGAAACACACAAAGGGACAGUGUACACAUUAUCCAAACACUUAAAUCAUCUGCACAUUCCAGUUUUGGCUUUUAUUUAACAUUGACUGUACAGUAUGCUGGUUAUCACCCUUUGCUUUUACAUAGUUGAACAUGGCCUUGCUUAGUGUCUUUACAGGGCUAAAAACAAAAAAAACCUAUGCUAUAUUUGAAGCAUUGCAGUCAAUAUAGUGAAACAUAGUGAAACAUAGUGAAGCCCAAUCAAGCUUAACCCAUUUGUUGCCCUCUUUUUCUUUUAAAUAGCAGGUUGUUAUGGAAGAGUUACCGUACAGUUGAGAUUGUUUACAUAUGUGGUGGCUCCAACCCAAGUAGACAGACAGGUCUGCAUAUACACAAUUGCUCUGAAUUACUUCUCUCAAAGUUCUUUGCAACCACAGCAUGGAGGAAGAACUGAGGAGGAGCAGAAAUUAAGCCUAUGUCAACUGUAGUGUCAAAUGCCACGGUAUGGUUCAAAAUCCCUAGAGUGUAAAAUGCUUGACAGUCCAGUUGAGAAUAUAUCUUUUCAUAAAAGUGUAAGAUGUCCAACAGCCCAUCCUUCCUAUACAAUAAGGCAGGAAAUGAAGCUGGAUUAAUGCAAAAAGUCUUCCCAAAGAGAGAGGAAAAGUAUAUUAGCACACCAGCAAUUGCACAAGACCAGGAAUAUUAAACAAAAGCAGCAAUAGGCUGACGACAGUGCCAAGAUAGGACAGAUACUAUUACACUGGGGUAGGUGUUCUUUUGCACUGUGUCAGGAACCAGCUUCCUAAGCACAACCUCCAAAUGCCAACACCACGGAAUCAAGCCAAUGGUCAGUGAACUGCAGUUACUAAAGCUGGGGGUGAUGUGGUCAUUAUUAGGUUGAACUGUACAGACCAAUAUAUUACCUAUUCUAGUGCCAGUAAAUCAGUUUGUUUUUAUUUCAUUAAGAUCAUAUACACAGAAUGUACUUUUUAAAGUGUUAGCUCUGUUCCUUCAAAAUUUAUACAUAUUUACGUUCUGUUAACAAGGGCCACAAAAGGUAAAAAUGGUAAGGAGAAGGAAGAGGUGGGUGGCAUCAAGCUACAGAGCACAAGCACAAGAUAGAUACUUGCCAUGUGGGAGGCCAAGAUGGAUGAAGGCUAACACUCCUGCAAUGAGUGCUCCCACGCCGCCGCCGCCACCAACAACAACAACUGCAUAAUAGGGAAUCCUUCCCACUAAAAAAGGAAUCUUAUGCAGGAUCCCACUCUAAUCAUGUAGGUUGUUUCACAGCAAAUCAACUUUUUUUUGUUACUAAAAAGGACAGAUCCAGACCACUUGCAGACUGCGAGGAAAGGCUGAAGCUAGUAAAGUUAAAUUUUACAAGAGACAAAGCCCUGCAGAAAGAGAAAGAAUAAUAAUAAAAAUCAUGAGGUCCAACCAUCAGUGCUCUGUUUUGUAAAUCAUGUAUUGGUGACACCUAUUCACAAGGACUGGGGUGGGGGGAGACUUCUAGAUUUACCAUGCAGGGAGAGGGUAUGACUCUACUUGCCUUUGAUAACCUGAUUAUAUCUAAGUUUCUCUUAUUUAUUUUUUAGCAGUUUAGUGCUGUGUUAAACUGUUGCCUCAGGAGUUUUAAUUAAACCCAGUAAGAUGGACAGAGGAAACUGAAGCAGCCAAAAGCACUGCUCCUAACAGAGGUGAAAGGUCAGAAACAGAGCCGAGAAGUGAGGUCACUAGCAGCCACAGCCUUCUCUCUGCGGCUGGGGUUCACUGGUUAGUCGGCCACCCUGUGGAGCAGAAGGCUUGUGUUGUACACCAGAUUCUGCAGCGUUUAGAUCCAGGCUCCCGUCUUGGAUGUUCUGAUAGAUUUUCUUGGCAGCCUCUAGGAAUGCAUCCUCAACAUUCUCUCCUCUGAUAAAAGGGAAAGCAGCAAUAUUAACUUAGAAUGUAUAUAGAAAGCCUGUUGCACAAAGAAUUUCACAUACCCACCAUUAACUAUCCAGGAGCAAUGUAGCACAGAGCUUCUAUCCUUGUUUCCAUUCAUAUUUCAUAGGUAUUAAGGUUACACAACCCAUCUAUUUUAGCCGCCUCCACUAUGGAAACAUCAACGGAACAUCUUGCAAUGACCAUUUUUUGUGCUUCAGAUAUUCUGCAACAGCAGCCCAAGUGUCCAUAGCAGACAUCAGGAUGGUGUGGAUUCCUGCACGCCUUCCUGCCACAUGUCCCAACUAACCCCGGAUUACUCUUCUCACUUUUACAUGGGGCAAGGAAAGCAGAUGCAAGAGGAUUCUCAGUUGGUACACCCUACUUCAGGUUAAUGGAGCCAGCUGAGAAUGCCCUGCCUGAAGGACCCCAAACUCCUGUAGCCAAUGUUGCCUUUUGCAUCUGUUCCAUGGAGCACUUCAAUUCCACCAUGCACUACCUUGCUUUAGAGCAAGAAUUUCUAGUUCACAGGGCAGAAAUUCCUGAAAAGUUCAUGAGUCUAAGAUCCCAAAACAUCAAAUGAUUGAUAAAUUAUGUUUAACUUGAUGGAGCAAAUUGCAGUGAAACUAUGGCUCACACACUCCUUCCCUCCUCUCCUCUGGCACAGCCACAGGGAGAUUUGAAAGCCUCCUUUUUAAAAAGUAAACCUCAGUUUUAGCACGGCACCCAAACUCUAAACUGCAAUUAAGAUUAACUAUUCCCUGUUUGAAACAAACAUGGUUUGAAGAUGGUUUGUUUCAAUAAAGUGCAGUUAAAAUAAAGCACAGUUUGCUUGAUACAAAGACAAACGACAGUUAAAAAAAUGAAGCAAAAACUUCCACUCUCUUCCUCGAGGCCAUGCCAAAAGAUGAAUGUGUGAGCCCAAAGCUCACUCUAGCUCCUUCCCAUCAUGAUAAACCAUGGUUUUUUGUGACAUCUGAACACAGCUGUUAUAUUAUCUUUUUUGAAUUGCUGUGGUUGGCAACAACAGGGUUGGGGUCAGUCAAACCCUUGAACAUGCCAGAAUUGCUUCUUACUGUCAACAAGGAACAGAACUCAGAUUCCUCGUUUCCCCAACACCAAAGCCACCUUAUGGGGCUUAGCUAAGCUUCUAUGGAUUCACUAUAAAGUAUAUUAGUAUUCUAAUGAGCAAAAGUCAGACAUGUGACAGCAAUGAACACAGCAACUAAUGUGAGGAAGUAGACAGUUAAUUAACAACUGAGUGAAGAAUUACACUGAAGAAAGGGGUAAGCAAUACCUAAUGCUUUUCCAGGAAAAGAGCAAGUAGUGACAGCAAGAUUGGGAAGAUACCAAGGGGGUAUAAUUGCACAAGCUACAGAGACUAAAAAUCAAAGUACCCCUCAAAGCAGAUUAUGGAUGAAUCCACAUAAGCAAUUUCGGUUUCAAGAAAU